AUGUCGCCGACGUCUCUGCUGCUGCUGGCCGUCGCCGUGGCCGCCGCCGCCGUCGUCGCCGUGCCCGACGUGACCAUCCCCGCCGAACCGGUACACAACACCGGCGGCAAUCACUGUUACGACGAUCAAAACAACCCUCAGGUACGUUCCACGCUCCCGCGGCGUUACGGCUAAUGUUGGAAACUGGACAGUGUCAAAUUUCCGUUCAGUAAAUCCCAUUUUCGCGUUUUCGUCGAUUUUUAUAUUACAGUGAAUCGGCCUUUUAUCGAACUUACAGAGGUACAAGAAUAUCAUCUGGGUCUAAUAUUUACAAGCGAGACACGAGAGCAAUAAACGUGAACCGUAAACAAAUUCCAUAGAAAUUAGUUACAUUUUUUUUUUUUUUUUUUCAUCGUAAUCUAUAACGAAAAUUUAAAUUGUUCUUGGCGCUUUUCUAAACAUAAUACGACAAUUUUAAUAUUCUGCUCGGAUAAAUUAUAGGUACCUAUACGUUAAAUUGUAUCCGAACAAAACGUGUACAGCCGUGUGUUUACGAUCGGAUGUACUUAAUACGAAUAAAUAAUACGGACUUUUAUUCAUUUGACGACGAUAACGGCGGUGACUCGUUAUUGGAGCAGGGGAACCGGGGAGGACGGUUUUUUGGUGCCUGUCGUCGUUUUCGACGUUUUUAAAUUUCGCAUACAGCCAGGGUGGCCUUACAGUGUCCCGAGUGCGAAUUUUCAGUCAAUUCGUACGUACAAAAUACAUCCGGAAUAUUCGCAAAAAGAUGAAUUAAUUAGGGUGCGUGCGUAGACCGCGUGGUAUUGACAGGGGCCGUAGUACGGCACACGCAGUCUGCACAUUGCAUAAUAUUAUGCGUAAGAACGUUAGAACAGCGUCCAAUUCAGUGGCGGGGCGAAGUAAUUUUAUCUUUAAUCGACGAUUUAAUUUCCCGCCCACCCCACCUCUAGCGAAAAUGCCUCGAAAUCCGCAGAAAACCGGAGAUUGAUACCGAGUCUCCUUGAGGGGUCUUGGCGGAAAUGUAUCGAAUUUUCGCAGCCUAAAAUUCUUUUAAUGACUUUGGUUUUGUGAAAGCAUAAUAAUUUUGGUUUUAUUUCCGAACGUCCGGGCACACACGACCUAUCCGCUCGGUUUUUUGUGAAACACGUGAUUCAAACUUACCGCCUUCGCGCCGCCAUUGGUGUCUAUCAAAUCGUCUUCACUUUCGUUUUUUUUUUUUUUUUAAUUAUUGGCGACAACUCCCCCCCUCCCCCGUAGAAAGUACAUUAUAGAUAUCGUGCAAUUUUUCGCGUAACGGUCGCACGUACUCGAGAUUUAUUAUUAUUAUUAUUAUUUUUUUUUUUUUUUUUGAAAGGAACAAAUAAACGUAAACGAUUUUCCCCAAGUACGAUAAGUAUAGGUGUAUUCUAAUUUGUAAUAUAUUACGAAUCGUCUCAUCACGUCGCCGCUGCAGUUAGGUUUUGUUUACGCCGCGGACGCCGAUUCGAAUAGUCGAGUAAUAAUAAUAAUAAUAAUGAUAAUAAUAUGUUCGCACGAGAAGUAUAAUAUAAACUCGUUGGUUUCUCGAAAAUCUUUUGUUGCUCGACCUUUUUUCUUUCGAUCGUACGAAUUCCGUAGAGAACAAACCUCGGGCCCGAGGCGGAGGAAUGUAUUGUCUUGAACGCGGUCGCUGAAGAAACAAUCUGAGAAGUGAAAAAAAAAAUAAUAAUAAAAUAAAAUAAAAAUUUCGUUCUGUUUAAGUUCCCGCAUUAUAGUGGUGUUAUUAUUAUAUUAUUAUGUAGAGUAUUCGGAUUUCAGUAUGAGUAAGGCUCAAGGGCGCCGGGUUUCAUUAAUAACAUUUUAUAGAGGAGAAUAAUUUUUUUCAAAUUUUUCGAGCUCCCCGAAUUAUAUUUCGUCGACAAUUUUGUAGUAGGCGUGUCGAACGGACUUCUACCGUCAGAUUGGAGUGUACACUUGUGAUAAUAAUUAUAACGAUAUCAAGUCUUUCGAAAAAUGUAACCUAACCAAUGUUGAUAAUUACUUACUAGUGUUUUUUUUUUUUUUUUUAUAUAUAUAUACAUAUAGAUUGGAUGCUCUAUAACUAUUAUUAUACUUUAUUGUUAUCAGUCAUGGUGGAAAGGUUGUGGCAUUAUUUUAUCGAGUUAACACCGUUUGUUUAUCAACCGACGAUAUGUAUAUAUAUUUCUUAGAAAUUCCGUGUAAAUCGGACGUUGUAUUAGAAUAAAAACGUAAUACAGUUUUAGGUCUGGUUUUAGGUUUUGCGAUAGCGCACAACAUCAGUAUUAUUAUUAUAAUAUACGGUUUUGUAUUCCGUGAGCAAUUAAAAAUCAUUCGAAAUUCUUAUCAGCACACACACACACGCGCGUAAAAAUAUUAUUAUUAUCGUGUGCUACAUCCGUUUUGUACAUAUUUCAGUCGUCUGAUAAAUUGGGGCGGGCGGGGGGAGAAGAAUAUUUCGAUCCCGCAGUCAGUCUAAAACAAUAUUUUAUUAAAAUAUUUAUUAAAAUUAUGUGGUUAUAGUAAUAAUAAUAAUAAUAAUAAUAAUGUGUAUGAUGACGUAUACGCAACACCAGUGUAUAAUAUAUUUUAUUAAACGCCCGAUACCUACUUACGUACAAUAAUAUUUUUUAUACGUCCCACACGUUUAUGCUACUUGGGUUACGUGUUCGAAACAACUGCGUUCGAUUUUUUUAUUUUAUUAUUAUUAUUAUUUUUUUUUUUGUUUUUAAAUCGCCGUAUCAGAUUUAUAUAUUGACGUUUGACGGGCGGUAUUAAAUCAUACGCCUAAGUAAUAACCAAAAAAAAACUCCUCCUCCGAUUUUAAUUGUUUAAUGAUUUGUAUUAUAAAACACACCGGCUAGGUAUACAUACGAAAGUUUGUACAAGAAACCAAUGCGGUUGUAUAAGAAACAAAACCCCGAACGACUUUCAACAUAAACUUGAACUUAAGGCGUUAAUAAAAACUAAGACUCGAAAAAUGGUAGGAUGGUUUGAAAAUCGUACUACGCCUAGAACGUGCUGUAAUAGAAUGAUAAGUGUUCGUCGAUAGUUGCAGGUCUCUAUAAUUAUUUCUCGUUGAAUAAUAAUAAAAAAAAAAAUUUACCGAAAAUUGUGUGAAUAUUACCCGUUUUUCCUAACUUUUAAGAAAAUUACAAGAUAAAUCAAAAAAUGACCUCUCCAGCCGACCAACUACAGUUUAUAGACAAUCAUGGGGCAUAUGAGCGAAAAUCCUAAAUACUUUAGGGGGAGGGAGGAGGACUUAACACCCAAUAAUAUUUAUUGUGAUGUAUACUUAGCAUUUACUUCAUUUGGGGAUAAAGUAUUGUCUAAAUAAGACAACAUAUUCUAGAUACGUUGAGAUAUAUCGGUACCCGUUUUGUCAGUAAUAAUAUAUAAUAUUUAAAAACGAAAAAUAACGUGUGUACUGUGUAAUAUAGUCGUUCCGAAAACAUUAUGAAAUAAUUCGAACCAUACGAGUAUGUUGUAUAAUUUAAUAUUAUAUUUUGUUAUGUUGUGCUGUAGUACGACGGCGGCGCGUAGUUUCGUGACAUCUGUUCCGGGUCGAGGAUAGGUCGAGUCUAAUUUUAUAAACAGCAUGUUCUCAGGGGACCCUUUUCUCCAGCAGCAGCAGCCGCAGCACAAAUUAUAAUAUUACGACCAGGACUGUGCCAGUCUGUGUGCAGUAGCGACCCGGUAGCUGCGGUAUAAGAUAUACACGUUUUAAUCUCAUUAUGUACAAUAAUAUUAAACAUUUUGUUGGAGAGGGGAAUAAGACAAAGACUAUAAUAUUAUUAUUGUAUACGUAUAUAUUAUACAUUAUAAAAAUAACUGAACGCGAUAGUCGGACCGUGAAAACUGAAAAGACUACGACGGACAAGCCGCUGCAGCGGGUCCGGUGGAUUUGACAGCCCGUGAAGACAUUUACACGGACGUUGUUUUUAGUAUUCGUCGUAGACUAUUGGUAUUUACCGGGUUGCACACAGCCAUAGUUAUACCCGAAACCCGCUGAUCGGUCCACACGGCGAUACAGCUGCUAUCGUGAUAGUCGUUAAAUUCACUACCGUAAUAGCAACCGUCAUGAACUACGUCGUCGUACGAACAUAUGGCGAUGGUAACUACUGAACUACGGUGAAUGUUAUUUUAUAACAUUAUCAUGGAUGCGCGAUAAUUGAUAGCUACCAUUUUGAUAGAGGCGCCUAGUAACUUACCGGUGUACUUUACUGUCGUGAAAGUAAGUUCACUGCAGAUGUUUCUGUCUCAAUUCACAAAUUCUAUCGAUAUUUAAUCUAGUGUCAUUACGUCUUUCACUUAUAUCAUCACGUGGACGUGUUUUUCUUGUUAAAACUAAUUAUCGUCUGGGUCCACGAUCUGUGGACCAUAAUGUGAUUUGCCAUUGUCCGACCGAACGCGAAAUCGAUGAUUUCAGCUGCAUUCUCACACCAUUGCCGCCCGUUAGAACGGGAAUAUUAAAAUAGCAUUUUUGGUGCGGUCGCGUGUGUGGUGCGUUCCAAGACUGUUUCGGGUUGACGACGUUUGGAAUGAAUCUCAAAACAGUAAAAACCAUUAUGUUAUAAGCCAUCGUCCACAUGAUAUUGUGCACAUCAUAUUAAUAUUCUCCCGCUUGUAUCUAAAACGGUUCCGAUGUACAGGGCGUAUCUGCAGGACUUGACAAUUUACUGUGUAAUUGCAUGUAUAGACAAUUGUUAAAUCCCGCAUAUACACCCUGUAUACAACUUAACGCGCGCGCAUACGCACACGAACACGCACAUGUCGUUUAUUUUUAUUUUUACACAUCAGAGUUCCUAUAAAACGCGUAUAAUAUAAAAUAGUAGGUAGGUGUACACCACGAGUUUUGGUUAUCGUCGUUCUUUUUCUUUUUUUUUUCCGAGUAUAUAAUAUAUUAUAUAAAUUUAGAUCUGUUUCACGAAAUCCAUUCGUCCCGUCCGUCGGUCGUCGGGUACACAUAUAAUACGGUAAAAUAUGUAUACACAAAAACGACAGACCCUUUGAUAUUACACCGCUCGACCGUUGUAUUUCUACCACGACAACGUCGUGUGAGGUCAUUAAAUUCGUUAGGUUAUAGUUAGGUUAUCGAUUAGUGAAACGCGUAAACACGUGUGAUCACUUAGGCAAUGUGUUUAAGUGUGGGUACAUAAAUGUACAAAAACAAAAAUUAUGAAAUCGUUAGAAUUUAAGAUGUUGCCACAGAAAAAAACUUAGAAUUGAAAAAAAAGCCCGUAUGCACUUCGCAACAUAUGUGGAUAAGUCACUGUUGGUUAGGUAGGAAGUUGAGAAGUUAGAGAAUAUAGGGUAAUUCAAUUUUAUAAGUACUGAAAGCAACCAUAAAUCAUUGACUUUGAUAACAAGUAACUUGAAAUAGAGAAAAAAAGUCGAACCUCUUAAACGUGUUAAAUGGUCAUUGGGGUGAUUUUUAUACAAACACCCUUCCCUCGCUCCCCCCUCAUUGUAUAAGAUCUUUGUACGAUUUUUCAUAACCCACAAUUUGGUUUGAAUGAAUCAUUUGCGAUGCACAUAUUUAGUCUUCAAUCUACUGUUUAAUAUGAAUACCUAUAUUAUAGACGAAUUAUUGAUAUUUCGAGAGACGCAGGGCGCUAAAAUCUCAUUUGAAAUGACUCUAAGGAUACCGUAUCCAGUAGUCGCUGCAUUACGUGUGUAAAUGUUUCACAGUUUUUUUUUUUUUUUUUUUACAUGAUUUAAAAACAUAUAGCUGUUGUCAAAAAAAUAAAAUUAAUCGUCGCAUCUCUGAUAUUUGUAUUGUAACGUCAUAAUAAACGACAUCUUUGGGUAAAGUCACGAUCAUAAUAAAAAUAAAAAAUAACCGCUAACGUUAAAACUUAAAAACUCUACCUACCUAUCUACGUGAUUUGUAUUUGCAUUAUAUUACAUAAUAUUAUUAUUCUUGAUUAACACAUCUUUUUUUUCUUACUAAUAGUUAUUUCCGACAUCUAUCCGGCACAUAGAAUAACACGAUUUUUUCUGUAAUUUACAUUUCGAUUUGUCAUAAUUUGUAUUUAUUCACUUUUUUUUUUGUCUACCACGGUAAAUAAUAUUUUAUUAACAGGUAUUAUUAGAACUAAGAAAAAAAAAAAAAAUUCACGAUCGCUAUUGUACAACAGAAAUAUUAUGACCACGAAAAGAAAAUAUUUUCCUUAGAAUCGUCGUAGUAAUAUUGUGAAUUCAAAAACAAAAAUAUAGGUGUAUUGCAUAUAAAAGGAAUGAAACGUGACCAAAAUGCAUUUACUUGAAAUAAUAAUAUUUAAGAGAGAUUAUAUAGUCUUGAGUGAACGGCAAACAGCGUAGUGGCGUAGUAAAUAUCGAAUCAAUCAUAAAUGUUUAGAUAUUCAAUAAGUCUUGCAGUAUUGCAGUAAUAAAAAAAUAAAAAUAAACUCUACUGUAUCGUAUUAAUUCUGAGAACCAGUGCCGAAUCGAGAAGUGAAACGGGCUAGAGCUAUAAUUUGAAGCGGCCUUAAAGCAUUUAUAUAUGACACAUUUUUUUGCUAAAAUUACAAACAUAUACUGGUACAGAUUUUACUGUAUUAGAAAAAUAAAAAGACAGACCUACUUCUCACGUGGGGGGGGGGAGGAGCAUUGUUGUAGGUAAGAAGUUGUGAAGGUCGAGUGGACAUAUAAUGUUUAUCUGUACGCAACGAUUAAUCAUUGCUAACGAAACACAAUUCUGAGCGGAGUUAAUAAUGUUGCUUUGUCAACAAUAUAAUGUAUGUCACAUUGUGUCCUGGGAAAAUCAAAAAAAAAAAAUAUCUUAAAAGAGGUUUAAAAUAUUUAAAAAAUAUGCGGAUCUAAAAUCGUAUAUUACCGUUAAUUUCUUGUCACCCUUAUUUUCGGCGGUUGACUUAACCUAAUCUACCAGCUUUUAAUUUUCAAAUGGUAAUCCGUAUUACAGUAGUUUCACUACCGAAAAUAAUGGAAACAAAAAAUUAUUGGUAAUGUACGAUUUUAGAUCGUUUGAUCCGAUUGUUUAUUGAAUUGUCGAAACGUUUUGUUUCUUUUUUGAACAAAAUCUAUAUUUUACGAAAUAAUGGGUGUUCAACAAAAAAAGAACCACCCAGUAUACAGAAUGUCUUACAAAAAUAAACCCUUUACAAUAUCUCCUGAGAUAAUAAAGAUAAUCAAAUUCUGUUUUUUUUUUUUUAUACUACUCGCAGAAUAAAGGACUAUAAAUUAUAUUUAUACAUCAUUUAAUUUUUUAAGUUUUGGUAAAAAAAAAAUAAAAAAAGACCUUAAAAGGCCGUAAUAUAUUUUAACUAACACCUACAUUUCUUUUAUUUUCCCGUUUUCCAUAGUUUUUUCUCGGUUUUUCAAAUUUUAUGAGAAAAUUAUUCAGAAAAUCAAAUUACCUCCUUAAAGUACCUCCCCACACCGAUUUCCUUUCAGAAAAGGUGCUAAAUUUAAAAAUUGGAGCAGGAUUUCUGAUAGAAAAGUUGUGCACAGAUAAAAAAAAAAAAUAAACAUCUUUGUAAAAUCAUAAGCUUUAUCGCUCCACUAAGAAUCUAAAAAUAAAUAACCAAGUCGAUUAAUGCACCUCUUAGAUCAUAAUAUUAUUUACGACUUUAAUUAUUAUUAUUUAAUUUUAUUUUGAAUAAUUAUCAUCACUUACUUACUUACUUGCUUUUUCACAUCACACUUUUCCGUUGGUUUUUUUCUUACUUUAUUCUUCUGUGGUUUUGGUCACAGGAAAGAAUGGCUUAAGUCAAUAUUUUACAGUUUUCAAUACAAGUUAAAUCAAUUUUGAAAAUUAUUAAAUAGUAUAAUGGCAUAAUUAUUUUUAAAUGGGCAAGUGCAUUACUAUGGAUGCAUAUAUGUGCUCAAACAUUUUAAAAAUCAACAAUACCUGUUGUAAUUGAUGUGAUGAUAAAAACAUUUGGUAGGUGAUGAUAAGAAAAAUCCAGAAACAAUGAAAUGUUGCUUAAAAAAAAAAAAAUAAUUAAUUUUGACCUAUUAUAAUCUGAAAUACAAAACAAAAUAAGAUAUUAAAAAAUACAAUUUUAUCUCAGCACAGUAUAUAGUAUAUUAGGAAAACUAAACCCAGCAGUGAAAACUUUAAUGGCUUUACCUAAAUGCAACCGUUCUAAAUACGACUAAGUCGUAUUACAGUUCAUAUGAUUUACUUAUAUUUUUUUGCCAAACACAAUGCACAUCAUAAUUGUUCUUUCAUGGUUAUAAGGCUUCUCGGAACUGUCCCAUUUCACACCCAAUCUUGAAUUCAUCCCUAUUCAAUACUUUUUUUUCAAAUUAUUCGUGCUUUCACUAAGUGAUUCCUUAUCCUUUUCAACUAAGUCUUCCCAUAUUGUUUUAGGUCUUCCAAAUGGUAUAAUCCUGUACGGAUUUUGAUCCAUCACUGAUUUUAUUAAUUCGCUUUGGCUCCACCAAGCCCGUUGGAGUAUAUGCGUACACAUAUACCGGUUUGAUUAAAAACUAAAAGAAUAAUAAGACAUGAUUAUAAUUUUUAAAAAAACUCCAAAAAUGUACUUUAGCCCUUCUCACCUGAAAAGUGACAUAAUAAUACAAGUUAUAAACGACAACAACAAUCUCGUUAGCUACGACACAAUAAUAAUAUUUCCUUGUGCGCGCAUUGUGUAUACCGGCAGGGAUAAUAAUAUAACGAAAUUACGUGCUUUUCUACGGUGUAACAUAUAAAUAGGUACGAUAUUAUUGUGUUAUAUUGUACAGAAUACACAAUAACAGCGAACCGAAAGGACACACGUUCAAUUCCGGUAGCAGCACGUAAGUAUAAAUAAAAUAUAGGUGAUAUUUUAAAUCCCAACCAGAAUCCGGCAAUUAUUCACAGUCGUAUACACCGUGAUGAUAGCAUAUACAAAAAAAACCGUCCGUAUAGCCCGACACCGUACCUACAUUAAUAUAUAUAUACAAUCUAUAUAAUACAACAAUGCGUUUCACACAAAUACGAUAAAUAUUUCAAUCGGACGAACUCUGAUCGAAAUGAAGAUUUUUUUUUUUACAGGACUAGAGAGGAUGGUGUCAAAAUACACGUUUUCAGCCUAUAUUUUAAAAAUGUUAACCCCUGCGGUGUGCGCGUGCGCUAUAAUACUUAUAUUUCUAAAACGGAAACAGUUAUUUUAGAUUCUGAGUGGAGCGAAGAAGCUUACGGUUUUACAAUUAUGUUUGUUUUUUUUUUUUUAUCUGUGAACAACUUUUCUACCAGUAAUUUAGCUCUGAUUUAUAAUGAUAGCACUUUUUAUAAAAGAAAAUCUGACUGGGGCAGUACUUUAAAAAAAGGCCUUUUUUUUGAUUUUCCCAGGAGUUUUCCCAAUAAAUGGGAAAAACCGAAGAAAAACACGGGAAAACUUGGAGAACAGGAUAAUAGGUAAAAUAUUAAACAAAUAUUAUGAAUGAAAAUGUUUAGUGCAAAUGUAAUUAUUUUACCAUAAUAUGAUAUAGGUAAUAUAUAUUCUUGACAAAGUAACACUAUCAACUGAACUCUUUGCUUACAGAUAUACAUUAAAUUCCCGUCUAUAUCCUACUUCCUUAACUUCCCACCUACAACAGUGGUUGCACCCGUCGCAUUAUUCUAGGACAGCUUUUUAAUACUAGGUUCGAAAAUGUGUACCCUUCCGUCUUUCAAAAAAAAAUAACAUUUUGCGUACAAUCCGAAUAGAACAUUCUAUAUAUACUUUGUAGAGGACCGCGAUAAUGUGUUACAGAUGAUCGUAUAAUACUCGUAAGUACACGAGUAUAGAUAUAGCUAAUCUCGUACAAGUCGCCGUUUCACGCAUUCCGUUGGAUUUUCACUCACAUUUUCCUCUGAUUAUACUUUAAAGUAAUAUUAUUAUAAUAUUUUUUCAUCCCCGUAUUUUUUCUUUUCUUUUAACGCACAACGCUCGGGUUUAUACUGUAGAAGGAUGCAGCGAGCUAGAGAUAAGUAUAUAACAAGCAAAAACAUAUUAUAAUAAGUAUACUCGACCGUUUAGGUCCGAAGCACGAUAAUUAUUAUACAUAUAUUUACAAUGCCGUCGGCUAAUAUACGGUGUGCGGUAAAUACUUAAUAAUAUUUUAUCGACAUUUUUCUGUUUUUUUUUUUUAUCACAAUGGUGGGUAUAUUUUCAUCCUUUGAGCGCAUAUACUGGAAACCCUUCACCGCACUACCGUUUACCGCGAUUAUAAUAUAAUAUUAUUUACAUAUUAUAUACAACAAGAACGAAUACCGGUUGAGUAUACAUAGGUAUAUUGGGUUCCUAUAAUAUUAUACACUAAGUGCUCGAUCAAUAAAAAUUACAAAACACUAUGUAUAAUAAUAUACGCGUAUAUAAGAGAGAUAAUAUAAUUCGCCUUAUACCUAUAAUGUGAUAAAUCUUUAGGUAAUAUUGUGUUACUUGAAAUGUCUACAAGAAAAAACAAAAUAAAAAAAUUGACUACUCUAAUAAUAGAGAACGAGAGACCUCUUCUAUAUGACAACAGUAUUAUAUGUUUACUCGUGUUUAGUUUUAGAUUUUUUUUUUCUUCUGGCCUUUAAUCUUUCCACUGGUUACCUGGAUUAGCUAAAUUCAAAUCCAUCAACUCUCGAUUUCUAUUCCUAAGUCUAUAAGAAUUUUACGUAUAUAACCAAUCUUUGAUCUUCCUCUUUUAAUUUUGGCUUCUAUAGUACUAUGUAACCUUCUAGAACUUAAUGUCUGGGCAAUAUAACUUCUGCUUUUAUGGCGUGCCAAAGUUGUCUAUCCUCCUAAAUUCUUCUUAAAAUAAGUUUUAUUUAUUACUUUGUCACACUUUGAACAACUUGCGGCAACAUCAUCCCAUUUUAAACGCUCCUAGUAUUAUCUCUUGGGAUAGAUACUGUCAAGCGUUUUUUUUAUGCAAUAUCAAUUAAUUCAUUAUUCGUUUAAUCUUAAUGUAUAUUUUUAGUUUAUAUUUUAACACAAGUAAACAUAUGUUAAAUUUGUAUAGUAUGUAUUUAAAACAUAUUUAAAAAUGUGCGGUUUUUUUUUUGAAAAUCAAAACUAAAUAAAGGGUUUACGGCGGAAUAAGGAUAAUGAGAAUUUAAAAAACUGUAUAUAUAAAUGAUUGUGCAAAUAACGAUCUUAUUUGAUCAUAAUAAACGAUCAUAUGAAAAAAAAAAUUAAAUAAAUUUACUCAAAAUCAUAAAAAUGUAAUCACUUAUUUUUCUUUUUAAUUCACAGAGAUGCAUACCCGGUUUUGAGAACGCGGCUUUUGGUUUGGAAGUAGAGGCCACUAACACGUGCGGCCAGUCCGGCCAUACGGAAUUUUGCGUGCAGUCCGGAAGUCAAGUGACCAAGAAGACUUGUGACGUGUGCACCCAAUCAUCGCACUCGCCCUAUUAUAUGACUGACUUCAGUAGUUACGCAAAUCGAACGUGGUGGCAAUCGGAAACCACAUACGAGAAUGUUCAAUACCCAAACCAAGUCAAUCUCACCCUCCACUUUGGUAUGUGGUUUUUUUUUACCAUCAUAAACGUAUGAUUAAAUGUAAUCACAUUUAAGUAUAUUUCUAUAAUUUUACGCUAAAGAAAGGUCAUUCACUUAUAUAAGAUGAUGAUUACAAUUCUUUAUUUUUGUUUUUAGAAAAUGAUCAUUAACUAAAAUCGUAAAUAAUUCGAUUUAUUUUAUUAUGUAGAAUAGUUUAUAGAAAUAUUAUAGUUUAAAGACAAACAAAACACUUUCGAUUUGUACUUUAUCACUCUUCAUUAAUAUCCAAUAAGGUAAAGAGAACGUUUAUAAUUUUAAUAAUCGUAAAAUAAUUAUAAUAAGCAAACAUUUUAAAACUCGUAAAUAAUAAAUCCAAUUCCUUUAAUGAUUUAAUUAUUCUUUAAGAGUUUUAAAUGUCAUUACUUUUACACUUCACUACUUGACUCCACCUUGAAUCGUUUCUCUUCAAUAACUCAAGCUUUCUAUAUCCUCUUCUACCACAUCAAUCUAUAAUUUCUCGCAGGGUCUUUUUCUAGAUAUAUUUCCUUAACGUUUCACUCUAAAUGUCCCGUCUUCACCUCUUCUUAUUACGUGGCCUAACCAUUGAAACCUUGGGUACUUAAAAUAGCUUGUUAUUGUUUUAUAGUUUUUUGAAUAUUUUUUUACAUUAUAUUUUCAUCGAUAAUAUUUAACAUUAUAGAUAGUUAAUAAUAUUUUCUCAUUAUAAAUUGAUGUAUAUAUUAAAGGGUAAAUAAUUUAUGAUUUAUAAAUAAACGUUAGAUAAUAAAGUAAAUAAUAAAAUACAUUUGAAAAUUACAUGAUUUGAAUGUAAAUCGUAAGUAAGGAAGUUUUCGGCCAUCAUAAAUUCAAAAGACUCCCUAUAGUCCCUAUAGUCCCUAUAUUAAAUUGUCACCCACUCGAUUCAAUAAUAAUACUAAUGCAAAUUACUACAACGCUCGUUUCUUAACUUUAUUAUAGUACACAAUGCACACAUAGUUAUUACCUUUUUAUAUGAAAAUAUUUAAUUUUAUAAAUCUUUACCAAUAACACAAAUAAUAUCUGUAGACUCCAUAGUUUAUCAAAAAUUUUUAAAAAUGAUUAUCAUGUCGUUGCUAAGCUAUUUAACUUAAAUGUAUUUUUUUUUGAAGUUCUUUUCUCUUUUCCGCGUUAUCUUGCGCCAGUGUAAUUAUUCUCGACCUCCACUUCUCCCUAAACAUCCAUCAUCACCUUUUCUUUAUAUCUACUUCACGCGCACUCAUCUCUUCUAACAUAUGAUCUGUAGCCCCUUUUUCGUUUUUGACUUAUCACAUGUUUAUAGGUACGGUUUUGAAUAGACCAUCGAGUUGAAAGAUUUAGUUUAUUUUGCAUAUGUUUAAUAAUUUUACGAAUAUUACCUAUUUGAAUAAAAUUAUUUAUCCAUAAUCGGUUAUAUUAUCUUUUUAAUGCUUAAACAUUUAUUAAACGCAUAAAAAUGAGUUUCGAUAAUCUAUUUAAUAAACAAAAAAUUAAAAACCACAAUCGUAUUUCCGGUAGUAUUUUUUUUUUACAAUGAAUUCCGUUUAUUUGAUUAAAAGACUAUUUGCUUGUACCAUAUAGAUAAUACAAUAAAAAUAUUAUAUUUUACGAAAACGUCGUGUUUUUGAAACAUUUUUGAUAUUAUUUUAAUGAUAGACACCCGUACUAAACUACUAAAAUGUGUGCGUUUCGAAGAGGCAGUUUUAAAAUGUAAUAAUAUUUUUUAUACGGAGUGUUUAAUUUGAAUUUUGAAAACAAUAUUAAAGCUUGAACGUCACGCAAACUGUAGGUUAUGAUAUGAUAAUUUAUAAUAACUUCAUUUCCAUAAACAUCUUUUUAUAAUUUCGUGCUGUUGCAUUUAUCUGUGUAAUAUAAGGAUAAUUCGCCAUGACACGUGAUGACCAUCACCCGACUGCACAUUUUUAUUCCAUGCAACGGGCAUGGGUUUACUUAACCGUAAAACAAUAUUUUAUAUACGUUGUUUAAAUAACAUUUAUCCCAUGCCUGUUGAGUUAAUAUCGAUUGUUUUUAAUCUGUUGGGCAGUUUGUGGUACUUUGAAAUUAAUUUGCAGAAUAUUUCAUUGGAAAUUCACAAAAUAAAAAAAAAAUGGCCGCAUAUACAUUGAGUAUUAAUUCAGAGAUAACUAAUAUAGGUGAAUCUAAUUUGUAUACUAAAAGCUACUGAACCAUCAUUGUUAUCAAAACGCGAUUCUUAGCCGAACUGCUCGAACUCGGUAAACUGAAAUUAUAAUUGUAUAAAAAAUAACUGAUAAUAACACAGAAAUCAACAAACUUAAAACAAAUAAGUAUGACCAUUUUUUGUCAGUUUUAAAAUUUUUUUUUUUUUUUGACAAAAUCUGUUGGGAAUAUAGACAAAAUUGUUUAAUAAAGUUUUACCGAGCGGAAAUUUUACAUGUUUUAUGACACUACGUAAAAAACCAAAGCAAUUUUCAUCAAAAAAAUCAUUAUUUUUUUUUAUAAUAUUUAAAUAUUUUAUUUUAUCAUUUUAAAAAAUAUAAAUACACAUUAUGUAGUACACUUAUAUAAAAAAUUGAUAUUAGUUAUGUAUUCAUUUUUCGAACACCCUGUAUUAUCGAACUGCCUAUGUAAAAAAAAAAAAAUACAGCCAGUAUCCAAUAUCCUAUCAUAAUAUUCAUAACAGCAUAAUAUCAUGUGGGCCGACCUUUUCCGUUGAUUAUUUUUCAUCGUUUCCUCAUAACGGAUUUGUAAACCACUUCUUCAUUCAGUCAUAUUAUAUACCUUCUAAUAAUCUAAUAGAUAUGUCUGUCAGCGAGAAUUAAUGUUAACUCGUAUAUUAUAGCGUUAAUUGGAUAAAUUUGUGUACGAAGCUGUCAAAAUCAACAGUCUUCACGUCGUCGUCAUAAUAUAGCUUACUUUAUUAUUUGUUUUGCCGUUAUGUCUACAAUAUAUAUUUUAUGGAAUCGCCUACUUUUUUUACUCCUGAGUGUAGCAAAGAAAAUGUUAGUUCUACUAUGCAGUGUUUUUCUUUCCCAGAAAACUCUGUUUUUCCAUACCUUAAAAAAUGAAAAUUUAAAAGGAAUACGUUUCUAAAUUACCAACAGUUGUCUUACAAAAUUUAAAAAGUUGAAAAAAAAUGUCGAUGCAUUGGUAUUAUUAAUUUGUUAAUUUCUGUCUUGACCACACGUGAAAAAAUAUGACUAAUACUACUCCGCUCAGAAUCAUUUUUUGAUGGCAAAAAUAUAUCGUUGUUUUCAGAGUAUGAAUUAAAUUAACCUAUAUUCUAUACAUUCUGAACUGUCCAUCUAUAUUUUUCCCUCGUUAAUAUUGGAUAAAAUAUUAAGCCACGCGCAGAAUUUAAAAUGGUAAAAUCAUCCGUAUCCAAUAAUAUCAAUGGGUUUGUUCAUUAAAUUCGUGUACUUAUAACAAUAAUUAAUUAAAUUAGUAUUUAUUCAAUAAAUUAUAAUUAUAUGGUUUAUAGUUGAAAUACAUUGGAAUGGUUUCGAAUUUAGUUUAUAAUAUUAGGUACGUGAUAAAACAUUAACAUCCAUCGAAAUAUUAUAAAACAUUUGUUAAUAAAAUUAAAUUAAACAUUUCGUAAUCGUGUUGUACAAAAAUCAGUUAACAAUUUUUUUUUUUUUUCGGUCGCCAAAGAAUUAUAAUAUUUUUAUUUCAGUAUAUUAUAAACGUACUUUGUGCUUAUAGAUAACAGCAUAACAGGAAACGACGAUGACCUCUAUUUAAUAUUAUACUUCCAUUGAUACGAAAUUCAACAGAAUCUAAAUGAAUAGUAGUUGUUAAUGAUGGUUAAAAAAAAAUCGUACAGUUUUUAAUAUUGUUCUAUUUUUGUUCGUGUAAUUUGUUGAAUACAAUAUUUUGUUUUCGUGUCGUUUUCGCUGUACACGUACACAUUUUGUGAUAUUCUUCUAGACGUACAAGACUCGUGUGGGUAUAAUGUACCUGCAUCGGCCUCGUGCUCGCCUUGUUAUUUAAUAAUAUAAUAUUCUCGUGUAAACACGCAAUUUUCGUCGAGAAAUGAAUAAUUCGAAUAGCAUGGCAACAAAGGUUUUUUUUUUUAAUAAAUCUACUUAACUUUAAGUAAAUAACUUUUUUAGAAAAUUCAACAAAAUCGCCUGGUUAAGUUUAAACGAUCAAUUAAAAUAAAUCGCAAAGUCAUUUUCUAACGUUUUUAUUUAUUAACUAUAAUUGAGUUUCGAAAAAAAGUAACUUGAAAAAUUUGACUUUUAACCGGUCAGUUUUAACUGUCCAGCUUUGCGGGUUGAAAACGUUACGUCAACUAUAAUACGCCUAUGUAUCGUACUGAUUGCUUUAUUAGACGACAACGGAAAUAGCGAUAAAGUUCAACGGAUUCGAACGAGAUUUCAUAAUUUCAAUAGUGUAUAAUAAUGUGUGAUUUUUCAAAAACUGCUAUACUGACGUUCGCUCGGUUCUGUGUUCGCAUCGUAAUUCGAUACGGUCCUUAUUUGGAGAUUUUCGCUUAUUGCAGUGUACCCGCCGCGGCAGUAAUCGGCCGUAAACAAAUAAAUAAUAACAAAUGUCAAAAUUAUGCAGCCGGUUACCGCGAUGAAUAUUAUCAUAUCGAUAUCAGAGUGCGGCCCGAAUAAAUGAAAAACUCUAAUCGAUUUCGGACUGCCGCGCGCCGUCCGAUAUCAAUUCGAGUGUACCCUGUAUACUAUUGAACACGUUGCGAAACAAUUUUUAAAUUUCCGUCGACCCGUCAACGGGAUAUUCCACUCUUGAGAUUCGGCAGGGGGAGAGUAAUGGUGCAUCAUAGUAAUCGUGUUCCGGCAAACCCCCCACCCCCUCUCCUAAACUUAAUAGCGUAAUAUCUAUUCAACGCCGAAAUGUAUUUAAACCAUAGAACUUCAACCGUAAUAGACGGAUCACAGUAAAGUUCCAGCGUCCACGCGUAUGUACGCCGAUCGAGGUCGUAUAUAGUACACCGCACAUGCGCACAAUAAUUACGAAUCGUACAACAGUUUUAAAUUUUACCGUGCGCGUUAUCAAUAUAAUUGCCGCGUACUAUCACCACCAUACCUUUUGCUAUAAGACCCGGUUUCUAUUGAAUAAUUAUAAAUGGAGUAUUACGAAGCAUGAUGGCUAAUGGUUAAAAACGACGGUUUUGGUCACGAGUAAUGGCGUCACUGUUGUGCCACUGCGAGUGACCGCACCACCACACGCUCGCGACUUACUCGGAUGUUCCGUCUCUUAGUAUAAGGUCCACGGUUCAAAAGAAUACGCCGUCUGUUUAUGGAGUUUUCAGUGUAGGUCGCCGUCAGAAAAUCAAAAGUAGGCGGCGGUUUCAUAUCUUAACAAAACGAUGGUAAAGAAAAACAACCGAUAUGUAAUAUUUUAGAUAUAUUACUAUAUUGUUUUUCAAAAGGUUCUGAAAAACAAAAUAUUUCGAAAAAAAAAAAAAAAAAUGUACACAUUUAUUAUGUACUAUCGCGAGAUAACGACGCGUGUUCUCGCCGCGUGUGUCGGAACGCCCUGUACACUCGUUCGCGUAUAGGCACGAUAAUUAUUAUUAUCGCGUAUUAGCGUCGCGCGAUUGUGCUGCAGCCGGUCUGGAAAACGAAAUUCGGGUCUAUUCUAAUAUUAUGCGCGCACGCGGCCGCAGACAGAUAAAUUACGAUAGGGCGUUUUAGUCGUUUCCCGUAGGAUGAACGGAAUAUUGUAUUCAUACAAAUACCGUACGUGCAUAUUUGUUUUUUUUUUUUUUUUUUUCAGUCUCCCACGCGUCAUUCGAAUAAAGUCAACCCCACACACCGCGAGUAAACGCGCCGCGGGAUCAACGGCGUUUUAAAUUAUCGGUCUGCAUAAAAAGCACAACGAUAUUAUUGUUGUGUAGUAAUCGGUGUACCGAUUGCGCGUAACGGACUAUUACUGUCGCGGUUUCGGAAAUACGCAUUAACGGCGAAGAAUUAACGCGACUCGAACGCGUAUAAUCGGUACAUAUAAUAAUAUAAUGUGUAACACGAUGGUUUUUUUUUUUUUUUUUUUUAUCACUUUUACGCCACGUCGGGCAUCGGCCGGUAUUACUGACCGGUGCAUUUCGAAGCCGACUUUCCUAAAACUUGCCGUACACGACCGGGCCGAAAUCCGCGGUUGUCCAUUCUAGCCACUCGGAGCUUGUAUUGCGUUUCUUAUACGCCGCUUUUUGCACGUCUAUCGGUAUUCAGUACUCGAAUUCUAGGGGAGUAGAGAAACUCAGUAGGGCCUCAGUACCUCGACUAAUUUUAACGUAUAAUAAAACACAUCAAACACAUCGAAUAUUUAAAUUAUCAUUUCUUUCGAAAUUAAAAAAAAAAAUUAUUUAAAUUAUAUAUAUAUUUUUUUUUUUUAUUUAUUAGUUUAACUAUAUUUAAGACAAACUCACAUAUCCCACAGCUAGACUCGAAUCGUUUUUCCGCGGUGCGUAUACCUAUUGCAUCGCCACAACUAUUAUCAAGUUCCACAAACCUUAACAAUUGUACAUUGUACAAUAUCGCACGAGUACACAAAGGAUAAUAUUGUGUCUGCACCUAGUUUUCCACUUGAAAUAAUAAUAUUAUUAUUAUUUGUCGUUCAUUCACAUCGUGUAGGACGCGGGUAGAUAAUAUAUUGGCCCCGUUCAAUUUAUCAAUAUUCCCAUUUUAUAAUAAUGGCAUACGCGCUUAUUCGUAAAUACGAUAUAAUAUGCAUUAUGCACGAUUAUCCGAACGAAAACAAACACGGUAGUGAGUUUCGUAAGUAAUAAUUAUUGCACAUGAAAUGCUGACAACGGAAUUGGCCGGUUUUGUAUAAUGAAAAACGGAUUUUUUUUUUUUUUUUUUUUCAUAAUAUGUAUGUAGGAUUUUAUAUUUUCCGGAACGUCGAUUAAAAGAGUGUAAUGUAAAAUAUAGUUUUUACGUACAGCCAUAUACACUGCGUUUCAGGGAACAAUAUCGAUAUUUCUUCGGUUUUAUUUUUGAAAUUCAAUCUCAAAACAAUUCGUUUAAUACGCCUACAAAAGCAUUCGGUUGGAAAUAAAACAAUACUAUUGUCGGCAUUAGCAACAGUAUAUUUAUGUCUACGGGAAGAAUUGCGCGACUAUCGGAUACCGUCACGGAUUUCAAAAGUUAUUCGAAACACUGUGUAGUCUGUAUACAGAUAAUACUUUAAUACACGCACAGAUAUAUUGUAUUACGCAAUAAUAUGUAAAUGAAUUUGGCUUGAAUCGGAUAUAAUAUGAAAAUAUGUCGCGAGUUAGAUUUCAUAUUAUUGUAAUACACAGAAAACCGUGCACGACAAGAGAUACUGUCAACUUACCGCAGUCUGCACAUUUUAUACAAGUAUGACUCAGAUAAAUACUUAUAUUUUUAUGAAAUCAGACCGUUCCUCGGUUUACAAUUCAAAAUCGACGAACGGCACACGAUUUAAGUUCACAUUGUGUAUGACUAAAUUUGACUUUGACCGGAUCGAUCGUUUCAAUUCGGAUUGCAAAUAUUACAUUUGUAGAAAUUUAGGAAAAUAGUAUAAACAGUUUUGUCGGGCCAUUUUUUUUUUAAGAUUUCUACUGUGACAACUUCUUGCGAUUAUUUAAAUAGUAUAGGUAAAUAUACUCUAUACCUAUUAAUUAUGAUAUUAUUGAUAUUUAAUAAAAUCACCGAGACUACGCAGAUUUAGUAAGAAUCAAUGUGUACCAUAUGUGUUCGAUUUCAAUUUUCUAACUAUUCAAAAAAUGCCUUAUAAUUUUAAUGGUGAUGAACGAUGAGUGCGUGAGUGAGCGAAAAACUAAAAUACAAACUUAAUAACACUCCUAUUUUGAAAGAGCUCGGUUUUUUUUGUAAAUGUAUCAAGCUAUUUAUGCUUAAUCUGUGUAUUAAAUUUCAAAAAGUUGUGACAAAGUUCUAAGUAAAAAUUAGGUAAAUUUGUUCGUACGUAAGUGUUUGUUAGAAAUUGGCUGACGUACUGCCAUCAUCUGCUCAGAUGUAAUAAUUAUCUAAUAAUAUUUAGGUAACGAUUAUUGGCAUACAUUUAAAAAAAACGCGUUUAUUAUACGUUCGUAUAAUAUGUCUAUAAUAAUAAUUAAUUAUAAUAAUAUAAUGACUAAAUCGUCAAAAUUGAAUACACGCGAGUUUAAAACUGUAAUAAUAUUAUUAUAGCUAGGUAAUAUUCGUAUAGGCCAUGUAAAAUAUUCAAAAAUAAUAAUCAAUCGGAGCGCGGGUAUAGAAUAUUAAACCAGUUUAUAAAACAUGUAAUAAUGUAUCGGUAAGCAAAAUUUCUAGUCACUGGGUACCUAAAAAAAUAAAAUAAAAAUAAAUGACAGCCGUAAUUAACCAAUUAUAAAUCACAACAACCGCCGAUGGGUUCGAAAACGAUGCACUUUUUAGAUGACGAUUAACUUUAGCUACUGGAUGGGCAUACCAAAAUAAUUGUAUAAAUAGAUUUCGAAAUAGAUAGCUACCUAUUUUAUUAUUGUAUAAAAUCAUUAAACAUCCGGUCCGGCAAGUUUUAACCAUAUAACGUUAUAGUUUUACUACAUACAAUUUUAGAUAAAACACAUUUCAGAUUCUGAACAGAGCGAGGAAUGUAUUGGUUUUACAAUGAGAUUUUUUUUAUUUUCUUUGGACAACUUUUCUAUCCAAAAUUUUGCUCCGAUUUAUAAUGAUAACACUUUUUUUAAAAGGAAAUCUGACUGGGGAGGUAUUUUAAGGAGGCUUUCUUUUUUUAUUUUACCGACAGUCUUCCCAAUAAAUGGGAAAAACCGGGAGAAGCGUUUAAAUAACGGGAAAGUAUUAAACAAAUGUUAUUAAUGGAAAUAUGUAAUUAUUUUACCAUAAUAUGACAUAUAUAAAUAAAUCAAAUGAACUCCGCUCAGAAUCGGUUUUUCGUUAGCAAUAGUUAACCGUUACUUACAAAUAUACAUUAAAUUACCUACCUAUGACAGUGGCUACACCCGUUCCCAUUAUCCUAGGACAGCCUUUUAGAAUUAUGAACUACCGGUGCAAUUGAAUUGGCUCCUAAACCAACAAAAACAAAUUGCCUCAACAAGAUGAUUUUGAUUUGACUACGUCCAUUGUACGUGUUUGUAAUAAUACUUGAAUUAUAUUAACUUUAAAUUCUGUAUUACCUUGAAUUUGGUAUGUACUAAUUUAGUUUUGUAUAUUUGUCUUAUAUUUUCUAACAUUUAUAUUGUAAUAUUUAUUUAAAAUGUAGUUCUCUAUCACUGACUCAAGUUUAAAAUACAAUAUUUGCAUUUAAAAUAUUUUAUAAUUCAUAUGUUUUAAUUAUUUGAUUACAGGUAAAGCGUUCGAUAUCACGUACAUCCGACUGUUGUUUUAUUCUCCGAGACCCGAGAGUUUUGCGAUUUAUAAGAAAAGUACCGAAGAAGGACCGUGGAUACCGUAUCAAUUCUACAGGUGAGCGCAGAAUUAUAAAGUUAACGAUAAAAUUCGCGCAUAUAAGUAUAAAAAUGAUAUAUUAUUUUAUCAUAUUUUUACACAUAAAAUUAUUGUUCUACGUUUUGAUCAUAAAAAAAUUGCUCGUUGUUUAAAAUUACGUACGUACUUGAUUAUUGUCGUACGAUUCGUUAAGUACGGGUAAAGAAAAGAGUCUUUUUUUAUGCGUUUGCCACUGAUUGUUUCUAGUAGGUAAUCCCGUUUUCCAAAUGAAUUCUUUUUGAAAUUGUAAAACUAAUACUGCAUUAUAAUAAAUUAUUAUAGGAUGCGUUUUAAAUUAUUCAAUAAAAAUAAUUAAAAAUUCAAUAUUUAUAAAAUAUUUAACAUAUAAUAUUAUUAUUGAUUAAUAAAAUAAAUACAUAAUACGUAGUUAUAUUUAUAAUAUGCCUAAAGAUUUAAUUUCGAUAUUGAUCAUGACACGAUCGAUUAGUAUAAAUGCUGCAUUAUUUUGAUUUGGUGCCGUAUAUGUGCGAGUUUUCUCUCCAAUAGCACUUUAUUUGAAAUUAUUUGAUUUAUUUGAAACUACUGAACAUUAUUCUAAAUCCUGACCACAAUAUUAAUGACGAUACAUGUGGGUUUUGUUGAUUUUGUAAUUAGCUAUCGAAGAAAAAAACUAAUACUAUACAUUAUAAAAUAAUAAAGUAAAAACAAAAUUAUUAAACGGUUAAUAUUCGUAAACAUUCGUUAAUAAAUAUAUAAAUUUAUUAAUGAGUACCUGGAGUAUUAUGAUAUUAUGUAGUAUACGACCGGUUUCGAAUUGAAAAUUCAUCAUCAGGUAAAAUCACCAAGUCAAAAAAUAAAAGGUGACUAAAUAUGAAAAAAUAAACCAAGAAAUACUAAUAAUCAAAUAAUUUAUAUUUCUUAACAUAUCUAUGGCUAAUAAUAACUAAUUUUAAUUAAACUUUCUUAUUAAAAUCAAUUAUUUCUAUGUAAAACGAUCAAUUUGUUUAGUUUUUUCGUUUAUUUAUUCAUGUUCAGUCGCGUUUCACUUUUUUUAAUUUUGUGAUUUUACCUGUCGAUAAAUUUUUAAUUCAAAACCGGUCGUACAAUAAUACACAUAUCAUAAUACUCCAAGCGACGCAUUAAUUAAUUAAUUUAUAUAUUUAAUACUGUACAAUGCCUUUACCAGUUUAUCAAGAUCCGUUCAGAAUUAUUUUUCGAUCGUAAUGAUUUAUCGUUGCUUUCAUUAUAUAAACAAAAUUACCAACGUGUUACAAGCUCCUCGCGUACGACAGUGGUCUGAAGUAUGCUCGAUUUGUUUUUUUCAAAAUGUAAAAAAAUCGAUAAAUUGCGCACGAUCAAAAGAAACAAAUAAGUGUAUUGUAGUGGUUUUGCGCCGUCACAAUUGAUUUGUUUCAAAUUUGUUUAAAUUGUGCAAAAAAUUGUUAUUUAAUAAUAUGCGGUAUAAUAUUAUAAUAUAAUAAUUAUAAUCAAUUGUUCUGUUUGUGCGCAGUUCGAGUUGUAGAGACACCUACGGAUUGCCGGACUUGAAUUACAUUCGUAUUGGCGAACAAGAGACUAGGGCGUUUUGUACCUCCGAGUUUUCAGACAUUUCCCCGUUGACCGGUGGAAGUGUUCCGUUUUCGACCCUAGAAGGCAGACCGUCAGCCAAGUUUUACGAUUCCAAAUCGGAAUUUUGGGUAAGAUUAUAAUGUUAUUUAAUUGUCUGUUAAGUAAUUAACGGUGUACACGGUGUUCAAUAUACAUGUAUACUUAUGUCAUUAAAUAACAAAAUUAAUAAUAAUAAAAUGUCGAGUACAGAAUGUUUGCUAUAUUAUUUUGUUUUGUAAUAAUCGGAGGACAUAAGCUCAAUUUGAUUAUUUUUUGAAACGCUGUGAAAUCGACUAAAACCACUAAACAUCCUACACAAAAUUUACAAAUAAAGAAGAAAUUAAUUAAUUAAAAACUGUUUGGGACAUUUUUUUUUUUUUUUUCAAUACUUACCCCUAACCGGGAAUAUUUACAAAUUUUUCGGUAGCAAUUUUAUUGCGUUAAUAUUAUGUCCAUGCAUAUUUUCAUGGAAAUACACCAUUAUUAAUAUCGGAAAUAAACUCGUUUUAGUUAACAAAAUGCAUUCAUAAGUUUUCAGAAAUUAGGUAAUUUAACGUUUUCAAGUUUUACAUUUUUAUCCGUGCAAUAUUUAUUAGAUAUGAAUAUUUUUAACUUCAUUAUUAAUUAUUUAUCUAUGAGAAUUAUUGAAAAUAAUAUAUAAAUAAUAAUAAAAAUAUUAUUUAUUAUUUUUAUACUGCAAUAAAAACGAGAGCAACUGCCGAUUUUAUAUUGGAUAGGCAACUAAAUAUACUUAUCUAUUAAUGUUUUUUCUACCUCAAAUUUAUUUAGUUUACCAUUUCGGUGCUAAAAUUAAUGAAAUCAAUCAGGUAGUUUAAAUUGUUGAUAUUAGAAAAAAAAAAAAAAAACAUGAUUCCUACAGUUUUUAAAAAGCAUAACAAAAUGUACAGAUGUAAAUUUAUAUAAAGACUGAGUGUUGGAAACUCGUCUCGCUUUGCCCACCUCAGUGUAGGCUAAUGUUAUAGACACAAAUAUUGUAUACAUUUAUUAUAAAUACUUUAAAACAGUUAGAUUAGGAUUAAGUUUUUUUUGAUUAUUUCGAUUGAUUUAUUUUUAAACUAUUUUGAAAAACGAAAGACGUAAUUUAAUAUAGAACGUUAUAUUUACAUAACCUACAGUAAUUUUUUUGAAUGUUACAUUUUUUUUUUUAAAAAAUGCUUUAAUAUAAAUUAUAAUUAUUUUCUAGAUCAAUAUCUGACGUAGGUGUGCCAGAUUUCCUAUUUAUGUAUUGUCGUUUUUUUUUUUUUUAACAAAAACCUUUACGUACGAUUUUAUACAUAUAUUGUUAUCUUGUACGUCAAUUACGCGCUAGAUUACCUACUGUAAAAAAAAAAGAGAAUAAUUCCCAACCAAUCAAUUUAAUUUGCUCUAAUAAUUAUAUUAUCAGAAUAUGAUAAUAUAACGAACCUUAAUAAUUACAUAAAUAAUGAAAACAUAAUGUUUGGUCUUAUCCAAAAAUCAUUUCCAGGACUGGGUAACCGCAACAGACAUUCGUAUCACGUUAGACCGUUUGAAUACGUUUGGUGAUGAAGUAUUUGGCGAUCCACAAGUAUUGAAAUCCUAUUUCUACGCAAUUGCUGAUUUCGCGGUCGGAGCCAGGUAAAUUAAAAUUAUUAUGUAUUUUAUUAUCUCAUUGCGGUUUAAAUGUAUAGACUCUCUUUCAAUCAUAUGAUCCGUGUUGUAAUACACUCAUAUUAUGUGUAGGUAUAAAUACUUAUAAAGUAUAUGUAUAUAUAUAUAAAAAAAAAAAAAAAAUAUUGGUAUGAUACAUUUUUUUUUUUUUUUUACACGGAGUGAUCAAUCCACGAUUAUCUCAGAAAGCAUUAGUUUUUUUUAUUUCCGGACAAUUUAUGAAUAAGCAGCUUCAAAACGUCACAUUUCCUUUAUAUUUUGUCUUCCUAUUGUACAGCAAUCUAUUUUAACAGUUUAACACAAUUAGACGAAGUUUUAGUUUAACGUUAUUUAGUUGCCGGUACGCACAAAUGACCACCGAACCGUUCGCGAGACAUUAUGUUCACGUCAAAUUUCUAUCGCAGUGUUACAUAAUACAGUUACUCUAAAUCAAGUAUUUACUCGUAUAUAAAUAUAUGAAUUUAUUUUUACUCAAAACAAUUAAUUUUAUGUAGACAUAGAACGGUAUUCACCGAGAGCUAGGCAAAGGGGUUCGGGGUACAUAACGACAAUCGCAAUGACAUAAUUUUAAUCGGGAAUCAGAAACGCGAUUUUUAUCGAGUUCAAAUAGCGCGUCGGUAUGAUAUUACAUUAAUAACAACGAUAUCAUAACGCGGUCCCGUUAGGGUUCGUGAAUAAAAGACAUUAUUGCAGUUUGUAGAUUUCGCAACAAGCGUUAUUGUAAGUUUAGCGCGGUACACAACGUUAUGACAUUGCGACCAAGGUCUCCCGUGUAAUAUAUGCACCUAACCUAAAUUAGGCGCCUGUUGCGUACGCGCAUACAGCCACGGUUACAACUGAAUUUAAAUAAUAAAUACGCGACACGUCGAGGGUGCACUGCAGACGGGCGUACCGACGAGCCGACGUAAACGAUUACGUUUCAUAAUGUUUUUGUUACCGCAGCCGCCGCCGCCGCCCUUGGUCAUCAGCAAGCACACGCAACGCGCCGUUUAGGACCGGCAUUCCCGCGUAGACGAACGCAAACGCCACCGCCGAUUCGACCGUCGUUCGUAAGUCCCAGGUGUCCGCCGCGCGUGACGCGUGUGGUCGGCGAUGCAGUGGCGGCAGACUGCGACGCAGUUACUCCGGGUAACGAUACGGCAGAGCGCGCGCGGACGGAGUCGCCGAGGAAACGGAACUCUAAUAACACAAACGUGUCGAGUAAUGCUAAACGACAAGGUUGAAAUGGAUUUAAAAAGAUCACAACAAUAUCGGAGUCCGGAAACAUUGUUUUUAUUAAAUUUAAAUAUCGGCGAUUAUAUAAUGUUACAAUGCUAAUAUUAUAAUAACAGUUUAAUUCGAAAUUUCUUAAUUUAACGGAACGUGCAAUUUGUUUUUGUACCACACAAUUCGAUAACGGCAUACGUAUAAACGUGACGCGUAGCCUGUCGAUGACCGUCUAAUUCAGUGGCACAAUUAAAAGGAAGGGGGUUCGUCGGUAUUUCUAGACAUCGUUUGAUUUGACGAUUUAUCGGAAAUCGGGCGGCUAUUCCCGUCGACAAAAUCUCAGUUGUGCUACCGUGUCAGAAUUAUAAUAUAGACGAGAUGCCUGUUUAUGGAUGGCCGUAAUUAUAAAUAAAAUAAAAUCAAAAAUUUUCGGCAUAAAAUUAUACUGGUUAUAUAUAUGCCGCCGAGUCGAUAUGGAACGUCUAAUGAUGACCGUGAUGUUUGGCCGGCGGUGCAUAAUAAGCGUGUUUGGGCGGAGCGUAAUGGUGAACAGGCGGAGGGGCAUGAUGAUAAACAGGAGGGGCAUGAUGAUAAACAGGCGGAGGGGCAUGAUGAUAAACAGGCGGAGGGGCAUGAUGAUGGUCGCUCAAUACUCCCUUCAGGGUCGGCAUUCCCAAGAAAACGAAUCCGAGGGCCAACGCCAAGUUGACGAUUGUCACCAAAUCCCAGCAGAACAGUCUCAUGUUGUCGGAUUGUUGAUUUUCCUUCGAAAUUUUCACUCGCGUAUUUUACAAUAUCGCUAAUAACACGCAAACGGUACCGCAACUAUACGAAACUUGAAUAUAAGCGAUUGCAAUAGCCUAUAUAUAUAGGUACCAUAUGGUAGGUUUAUUCACGAUUAUAUUAAUUAUUUAUAAUAAUCAUUAAUACUCAUUGUCCUAAUAUAUGCAUUGCCUACAUCUGCAAAAUAUGGCAAAAUAAUAUUAAGUACAUAUAUUACAAUAUCAUAAAUCAUCAUAAUUAUUCGUACUGAACGUUUUAUUUUAACGGUGGUUUUAACUAAUUUACUAAUAUUUAUGAGUUACUGUUAUCAAUAUUAACAAGCGGAGGACCUACUAACAUCCUAAUAGGAUUAUUAUUAUUUUUCUUUUCGAUGACUUCCGAAAACACUUGAAAUUAAUACUAUAGUUUAGGUUACUAAAACCAUAGAAAUAUUUUCGAACAUUUUUGUCGAUUUAAAAACAGUAUUGACCGCGAAAUUUUCUAUAUUGUUGGUCCUUAUUCAGUGUCGUACUGGAAUAUAAAACGCCUCGGCUGCAAUUUUUUUCUGAUACUUGAAUUUAUCUUUUUCUUGUCAUAUGAACGUCAACUAUAGAUUAGAAAAUGUAUUUAUUAAUAUAAUAUUAUAAAAUUAUUUGCACAAAGGCCCGCCCUUAAUGUGUCCAAGGAACUUAGGAUCGUGGGUCUCAUUGACCCCGCUUUGUGAGAACUCUGCUUAUGAACAGUGCCACAUUUAGAGGGAUAAAACGGAUGCAGUUGCUCCAAGUGCCAAAUUUAUAAAGGCACGGUACAAUUUUUUUUAAGAACUAGUGCUAAUGUUAAGGGUUAACAGUGCUGAGGUGGGUGGUGCCACACGUGACGACUGUUAUAUUUGUAUCAUAUAGUUAGGUUGUAUAAGGUUAUUUUUGACUAAGAGAAUUUGAAGAGAAACGAAUAUUCUCUUGUGUUUCUUUGUCUAACACAUAUACGGCAUAGCAAUUUGAACCAUUAUUUUAUCUAUCAGUCCGAUCAAUAUAGUGGAACGUUAAGAGUUCUGAUUACCGAUUUAAAUUUAGCGUGAAUGAUACGCGAGAUCGGCCAGACUACUUUUUUAAAUUAAAUUAAUUGUUAUUUUUAUUCUUUAUUACUAAUUUUUGAGUUUUCAAAUCGGAUAUUUUCGGAAAUUAUAUAUUGAAAUUCUGAUAAAAUUUCUGAUAUAAUUUAGUUUAGAUAUUUUAGAUUCUGAGUAAAGCUAAGAAGGUUAUAGUUUUACAUUUAUUUUUUUUUUCUGUGGACAACUUUUUUACCAGAGGACUUACUCCAAUUUUUACGUGUAACAACUUUUCUGAAAAUAAAUCGGUAAGGGAAGGUACCUUUAGGGAGGUCAUUUUUCGAUUUUCUCAAGAGUUUUCUCAUCAAAUGCAAAAAACCAAAAAAAAACGUGAAAUUGUACGAAAUAUAUUUGUAUAAUGUUACGAUAUUUUUUUUUUCCGUGGACAACUGUCCUGUUUACAAUUUUGCUCCAACUUUUAAUGAUAGCAAUGUUUCUGAAAGGAAAUUUCACUGUGUGGGUACUUUAGAUAGGUCGUUUUUCCAUUUUCCCCAGAUUUUUCUUAGCAAAUGUGAAAAACUGGGAAAAUCGCUACAACAUUAAACAAAUAUUAUUAAAGAAAAUAUAUAAAGCCUAUUUAAUUGUUUUAACAUAAUAAUAAUAAUUUGACAUAUACAUUGUUGACAAAGCAUCAAUAUCAACUGAACUCCGGUCAGAAUCGUUUUUUCGAAAGCAAUGGUUUUUAUCGUUGCUUACAGGUAAAUAUUAAAUUACCCAUAACGGUGACUGCACCCGUACCCAUUAUCUUACGACGUCUUUUUUCGCUUUUACAUUAUCAAUUUUAUCACAUUUCAAAAUUGACAUUAUUUUUUUUAAUUUUACCGGGGACUGAGGACAGGGCAAUUAAUUUGUGUACUUGCACACAAUAUUUUGUCUACAGCUUUAUUUAUUAUUGCCACAUGCGGUUUUGACAUAUUAUUUCGUUUAGCAAAGAGUAAAACUAUUUGUUUUAGAUUUUUUGGUAUUAUUGUUUUGAUUUAUCGUACGAUGUAAUUAAUAUUUUCAUAUAGGAAACUCAUAAUUUUUUUUUUUAUAUAUAUGUAUACGUCAUUCUGUUCCAAUAAAUUAUUUUUUAAUUCUAUUUAUAUUUAAUUAUAAAAUUAUCAUAAUUCAUAGCUCGUAUGGAAUCUGUUUUCAGAUAAAUAACAAUCAUGUUCGAAGCACUUGAUUUAUACAUUUUUGUUUACACGCGAGUAAAUAAUAAUGCAGUUUUAUUACGCGCGUUGAUUAUUAGGCAAAUAUACCUUUAUAAUGUAUUUUAUAAAUCGAAAUAAAUUAAAUUUGUUUGAGUUUUUUUCACCGAAAAAUUGCUGUUGUUUCUUUUAUAAUAAAACAAAAUCAACUGUUUUAUUUGGUGUGAUGGACCAUCUACAAGUUGGUCACUUACAAGUUUAUUAUUGAACUGAAAUAUUCGUAGGUAUCACACGUAGGCAUAAAAUGCAUUGAAUUCAUUUUUAACAAAUAUGAUUUUCAUGAAAAGCAAUAUAUAUAACGUGAUGCACUAAGUGUACUCACCCGAUUUUUUUUUAUUAUUAUUAAGUUUUGCAUGAAUACAAAUUUUGAUUUUUAAAUUUUUUAAAUGGAGUUGAAGCCGAUAUUUUCGAAUAAUUACAUUUUUCACAACAUUUAAGGAAAGUAGUGAAAUUGAAUACUAAAUGUAAUUUAAGAAAUACUCCAUUUAUUUUGGGAAUUUUUAAUGUAGAUUCUCAUUUAAAAAACCAAAGUUUCACUCUCAGCAUACUCCUUAAAUGUUGCUUAAAAUGUAAUUAUUCAAAAAUAUCGGCUUCAACUCUAUUUACAAAUUGUAUAAAAUAUGAUAGAGAAACUUAAAAUUAUCAUUUUUCAAUUAUUAUAUAUAUAUAUAUAUAUAUUUAUUAUUAAUUAUAUAUAUAUUAUUUAUUAUUAUCAAUUAGGUUAAAUUACAUUUUUUAUACUAGAAUUAUUCUAAAUUUUCCGGAACUUAGUAAAAUAAGAUAGGGACAAAUUUAAAGAAUAUACAGUGGCGAAACUUUGGUUUUUCAAAUGAGAACCCACAUUCAAAAUUCCAUAAAUAAACGGAGUAUUAGUUAAAAUACAUUUUGGGUGUCAACUUCAUUACUCUCCUUAAAUGUUGUGAAAAAUCUAAGUAGUCGAAUUUAUCGACUUUACCUUCCAGUGAAAUUCCAUAAACCAGAAUUUGAAUAUACGAAAAAUUGAAUAAAAAAUAAUGGGGUGAGCACGCUUAGUGAAUCACUCUGUAUAAACGAGUAUAAAAAUAAAGUAAAUUGUAAAAUAUACGUUCGGUUGCAAUUUAGAUUCUGAAUAUACCGAGAAAUAUAAUGGUUUGUAAAAGCAAAAUAAAGUUGUUGAAGCGUACUUUAUCAACUUCAGGAGUCGUUUCUGGUAUGUGAUAUUGACUCAUUAUGGUGGUAUUUAAAAUUUUCUAGUUUUUUAGUUUUUGUUAAAUGUUUCAUGUUAGCUUCUCAGUAAAGCUUGACAAUUUGAUGCAAGUUUAUCAUGACGUGUUUUCGUAUUAAAAUACAAAAAUACAGAAAAUCGGUAGUCAAAUUUAUUGUUAUAAGAGUGUUUAAAUACAAUUUUAAAUUAAAGUUUAUCAAAUCGUAUUUCACAAAACUUCACUCAGAAUCGUUUUGUACAGAUAUAAACUAAAUAAUCGCUCUAUUUAAUAUACAUGCUACCUAGUGAACUUUUUACUUAAAACAAUGGUCGCACCCAUGGUGCGAAAUAUUUUUUUUUUCAAUUUAAUCAUCGAAUGUUUAUUUUCAUGGUACAUAAUAUUCUAUUGACCACUUCUUUGAAUUAUUUUUUUCGAAAACAGGUGCAAAUGUAAUGGACACGCCAGCGAAUGUGUGAAGAGCACAGGGAUCGACGGUUCUUCCAGGAGGGUGUGCCGAUGCGAGCACAAUACUGCCGGACCGGACUGUAACGAGUGUUUGCCGUUUUACAAUGAUGCGCCGUGGAGCAGAGCGACCGCACUAAACGCGCACGAAUGUAAAGGUAAUUAUCUAUGCAACUAAUAGAAGGCGUUAUCACAGUUUUAUGGUGAAUAACCAUAUUAAUCAUUUUUCAUUUCUACAUUGAAAAUUCAAUGACAAUAUUUUUAUCAGAAUAAAUUAUGACUGUUCAGCACUUGCUGUCUAAUUAUAAAUAUUGAGAUAUAGAGACGUGAACUUGAAAUAAAUUUACUGGAUAAAUGUAAAUUUACAUGCAUUUUAUCGAUUGUUUUUCCCCUCCGAGUCAUUUUUUUAAUCGUUUUUAAUAUCAAAUUACCCAUGAUAACUUCAAAUAUAACAUUUAUGUAGGCACUUAUUAGUCUAUACGUACUCAAUACACUGCGUAUUAAGAGAAUUUCAUGAAAAUUGGCGUACUAUUGGCAUAGUUUUAUAUGGUGAAACAGGUUAAGUGAUGGUUGAGUUUUUUAUUUCCGUUAAUCAUGUUGCAUUGAGUUUUAAACAUUAAAUAUUCAAAUUUGAAAUAUCCUUACUAUUAUUAACAGGGAGUCUGCAAAAAGCAUUUUAUCAUAUAUGAUAACGUUUUAAUUUUGUUCUUUUUGUUUUUUCAAAGGCGAAUUGAUCAUUUUGCUUUAUUGAAAAAAAAAUACAUUUAUUAAUAUUUCAUGUCAAUUCAUACUCGUAUUAAAAUAUUUACUGUAAAAAAUGUUUUUUAAUAUUAUUUGUAGUAACAAAUUUAUCUGAUUUAAAGAAUUUUACUAAACAUUUUUGCCAGUAAAUUGUUUAUCUCAAUUUAGGUUUUUGGUGUUUUUUUUUUUUUUUUUUUUUUGGAUUAAAUAUUUUUGUACUGAUAAGCCGGUGCAUGCUUUCUACGGUAGUAUGGAUUACAUAUUGUCAACAAGGCUUGGUUGAAUCGGGUACCCGUAUAAUUUAUUGAUUUAUAAAGAAAUUUAAUUGAAUUCAAAAUCGUUGUACCUUUGAAAAUACUCAUCACAUUUUCAGUUUCUGUUGAAUUAUUGCUAUAAUUAUAAUUUUUUUUUUUAAAUAAAAUCUCAAAUAGUAAAAUCUUUAUUGAAAAACAAUUGACUGGUAGCUAUUUUUUUUUUACCUAGAAAUCACAAUUCGUCAUCUGAAAUUCGGAACAUAUAUAACCUCAUAAAAAUCCCUCAAAACCGUAUUUUUAUUCUAGGGUGUAAAAAUGUACUCACAGGUACAACACAGACCGAUACUAGAUGACAAGAUGGCAUUCGUAACAAAUCAUAACCCUUAUUUCAACCAUAUAACUUUGCAACAAAAUACGAUUUUUAUUUAAGAAUUUCACUUGGCCGAUUUUACCAUUGAAGAAAAAAAACAACGUCACGAAAUAGCCUUACAGACGGAAGGGUCGUUAAUGAAUCGUUCGAAGGGAAUUUAAAACGUAAUGCCUUUAUCUGUUUAUAAAAAAAAAAUGUUCGCGGGUCACCUUAUUAUAAUAGGUUCUUUUUCUAUCUACAUUUAUCUGUUCAAUAUUUGCUGACUUGUCGCAUUUGAACGGUGAUAUUCUUGAGCUUCAGAUCCUUUUAAUUUGUAUCAGUAUUUUUUUUUUCUAUAUGUCGCUUUUUUUCCAAGCCAGAAGAAAAAAAUAUUUAAACUUUUACACGAGUGACAAACCGUUCUCAUCAUUUUCGUAAACGAUAGAUUUUUUCCCCCUCGGUCUGAGUUAGGUAAACGCAGUCUCUUCGAGAUUGAUGAACUCUAUAGUGUUUAGCUACAGGUUGAGGUACAGGUGAGGCUGUAGAGUAUACAGUUUUUACUUCUUCUGUUUGUUCAAGAUUAUACCUGCAUUUUUUUUCUUUUGAGGCGUGUUUUAUUUUCGUUUAUAUAAAUCUUUCCCCGUCGUUUUCAACGUCGCUAUUAGUAUCUAAAUAUUUUUUUUUUUUUGGGACUUUUAUUAUACUACGGCACGGGUCAAUGAUUAUUUUACAUUAUGUAUCAUCAAUGACAGCAGCUUCAAAUUUUCCCUUCUAGUAAUAUUACAUUCAGUUCGUAACAAUAUAAAUAUUUUUUAUGGAACCGACGUUUUUCUUUUAUUUGCUGUGUGACAUACCUUCGUGGUUAGGGAAAAUCAUAAGAAUCGUCUACACUACAAAAUUUCGACUUAACAAAUUUUACAAAACUGUGACAUAACAACUGCUAUUAAGGAAACUGACACAAAACGACUGUCAUAAUCCACCAAUAAGAUGUAAAAUGCUACAAGAAAAUGCUUACACAGUUUUUGAUCGGAGCAAGUUUUUGGCAGAAAAAGAAAACGACUUUGGAGGUUUUGCUGCAGGGUAGCCAUAUGGAUUUUAUUAAUUAAUCGUUAUAUUUUAUUUACAUACAUUUCUCCAAUCAUCUAUAAACUCCUAACUAACUAACCUAACCUAACCUAAUUUAACAUCAAAAUAUCAUAUUAGCUUAGUAAAUAAUGUAACGUGUAUAAUGUAUAUCCACUGACAAUAUUACACGUGUUCUUGAUUACACUGCUGCAGAUUAUUUACUUUUUUAAUCAUCAUUCACUAAAUAUAUUAUACACAGGUAUACACAUAAUAAUUUAAUGAUUUCAAUUAUCAACACCAUGUUGUACAUUGAAGACGCAUAGAUACACUUGAAAUUCGUACGUGUCAAUGAUAAUAUUAGAAUCAUACACUUAAAAAUCUCAACAUAGAUUAAACGGGUUAUUAUUUGCAUAAUAAUAUUGUAUAUUUAUAACAUAUAUUAUAAUUGAUAUGAAAUAACUUGUUCGUGUGCAUUGUACGAGUUUAGAUGUUUUAGAACUUUAAGUCGAGUUGAGGACUUUACGGUGCCGUAUCAGCAGAGUAUAAAAAAUAUAGUAUAAAUCAAAUAUAAAGAUUUGAAAAAAAAAACAAUCAUACAAAAUUAUCAAUUUAUUCAAUAAUUAUAAAUUCGAGUAUGUAGUUAUAAAAAAAAUAUAAACAGAAUUAUCGUAUUCUAUAUGACUUCGGACUUAUAAAAUAGAAUAGUACAAAAUAAAAAAAACAAACAAAUAUUUAAACAAAAAAAUGUACAUAUUUUCAUCUGUAUUAUCACUACUUACUGUACUAUAAUAUACAGGCCGUAAAAUAGAGAUCUGACAUCCGAAAUAACUUUUGAUCCGAUUUUUGUAUUAUUAUUUAUUUACUGUUUAUUAUAUUGUAUAUUGUAUUAUACAUAUUUGACUAUAAAUUAAAUCCAUUAUUUUAUACUGAAAAUGACAAACGAAAAUAAUGUUCAUCGAGCAUUUAGUUUUGACUUUAUCGCCGAAAAAUCCUGUUAAUAAAAAAAAUAAAUAGUAGAAAGCUAAGGACUACCUCGAGGAACAGGGAACGGUUCAAAUAUUGUAUCACAAAUUCUUAAGUCUUACAUUCGAGAUACAAUAUAAGAGUUGAACCAGGAAAGUAAUGGAUUCCCGAGACCAAGGACUUCAAGCGCAUUUAUCAAAAGAUAAUAAUCUACUAUAUCAAACGCUUUUUUUAAAAUCUACACAAAUUACAUUUACCUGACCUUUAUCCCUAAAGCUAUUUAAUAUGUAAGAAAUGAAAACAAUAUUACUGGUAGAUGUGGAUUUGCCAGGCCGAAAGCCGUGUUGCUGGUCGAUUAUUAUGUGAUUAAGGCUUCUCUUUAUAUAGGAAUAAAUAAUAGAUUCAAAAACUUUAGAAAGAUAUGGUAGAAUAGAGAUAAGCCUGUUGUUGACAAUGUUAUUUGGAUCACCCGAUUUGUGAAUGGGAGUCAAUAAACAAAUUUUCCAGUUAUCCGGGAAAAUUUCCUUAUCUAUAGAGCGUCUAAAAAGUAAAAUUUAAAACGCCAGGGAAAUGCGACAUUUGUAUAGUAGAAUAACUGAAAUUUCAUCAGGCCUACAGGAUGUAUAGUUCUUCAAUUUCGAAAUUGCUUGUAAAACGCCCACUGAAGAUAAAUGGAUAUUAGAUGGAAGAUUCAAAAGUGACGUUAUUUAUAGAGGUCUUAGGAAGUGAAUGCUGUGUAGGAGGAUUAUAAACAGAAGAAAAAUAUUUUAAAAAUAAAUGGACCGAUUGGGUUUCCGAGGUGAAUUGAAAGACGUUAAGAUGGACUAACGAGGGAAUUUGAGGUUUUAAUUUUCGUAGGUUUAAUUUUAUAGGUAUACAUUAAAUUCCUGUCUGUAUCCUACCUUCCAAAUUUUCCACCUACAACAGUGGCUGCACCCAAGUGCAAAGUAUGUCCAUCUUUUUAAUCAAUACAAAUGAAAUUUUUCAUUUAACUAUAGGUAAAUGCAGUAAAAACAUUAGUUUUUCUCACUGUACGUUUUAAAUUAUAAUGACGACCGACAUUCGUGCUUUUGUAUCGGAUUACAACUGCGAACUAGUUGGUAUACCGUAUAUACGCAUUCAAUUUUGCUGCAACAGCCAACAGGUGUACCAAUAUUUAUGACGUGCACGUCUACGACGCUAGAUAAUUUAUAUUUAUAUUCAUUUCAAAAUAGUUAUACACAUAUGUUUUCGGGUAGUUAGCAAUUGAGGACAAUUUUUGUGAAAAGUAAAACAACAAAUUAUCGCGAUUAACUUAAAAGACGACGAAGACAACGUAGGUUUGAAACCGGUUCGAUUUUUUUUUAAAUGCCCACAUCCGACACGAAUUAGUAUAAUUUAUGUAUUGCAAUCCAAACAAUAUUGUAAGAGUAACAACGUUGAUAGAUACUCUUCCCGACCGGGAUUCGUAUACGUAUAUUAUGUGACGAAGGCGUGACAAAGAUUGCUGUCUUUCGUCUACACGGUGCCGGUACACCGUACACACAAAGAAUAAUAAACUGCUUUUCACCGAUGAACAGUUUUUCGUCGUGUCUGUACCGAAAAAAAAAAAUAAUAAUAAUAAUAAUAAACAAGAAAAAAAAUAAAUCCUUCAAGACACGGAUACCAGUCAUUCUUGUGACUAAUACCACACCACCGUCUAUUAUAUUAUGCGUUGCGUCUGUCACUUUUAUGUAAUUUAUAUAUGUAAACGAAAAGUUUCAAAAAACAAUAGUCGAUAAAUGCAAAAAAAAAAUAUGACGAACGUGAAUAACAUUGAUAUAAUAUUAUAAAGAAUUUCUCAAGUAUUUUUCAAUAAAAAUAUUCUUAUUCCAACUUAAAUAUUUUUAAUAUCUACAUAUACGUUCUUUUUCUUUUGGUCUUCGAUUGUUCGAUUGAUUGGAUGUAGUCCUCCGUGCUUGUCUGCCAAAACCCGAAUCCUUCAAAUACAUACUAUAUCGAUGACUCUUCAUUCCCACGACCCUAGGAAUAUUUACACUGUGUAUAAUAUUCCAUUUUUGGUAUUCAUCUUCCGAUUUCCCCCUGACAAUAUUCAAUAUCUUUUUCUCCUUCAACUAUAUCCCAACUAUUUGGGGUCGGCUAAUUUUGUUCUCAACUUUUACAUGACCCGAUCUCUCACCUCACAUACACCGAUUGUCCUCAUAUCAUUUCCAAAAUCGUCCACCCUCAUUUUUUUCGGUCUUCCUCUCCGCCUCUUUCCUCUUACGUUUAUUUCCACUAUAAUUCUUACUGUUUCAGAGUUCUCUCUCCCCAUGAUAUGCUCAUACCAUAUCAGUCAUAUUAUAUUUUAAUUGUACUUGUGUUGUAAAAAAAUUGUUGGCACCUCCCCAGAUCUUUGCUCUGGAUCCGUGCCUGUAUCAACCUAUCAUUUUCGUCUCUACCACCCUUAUUGUCUGUUAUAUUUUUCUGUCUAUCACCCAACACUCCAAACCAUAUAACAUAAUUAGUCUCACCACACGUUCGUGGAACUUAAAGUUAAGUCUCAUUGGAAUCCUCUUGUCACAUAAAACACCUGACGCUUCUCUCGACUUUCUCCAACCUUUCCUAUAAUAUAGUGUAAUAUUAUCGACUUCAACAAACUAUCAUAACGUUAUGCAAAUAUAUUAUAUAUCAUAAUAAUAUUAUUAUUACUUCAUUAUUAUAAUUUGUUAAUUUAUCAUAGUUAUCUUUUUUCCUAAGUUCUUUUCGUAACUUCUUCGUUUGUUACUCGUCUCUUACACCACGAAAUCUUGAUCAUAUUUCGCAGUAACACUUGCACAUUUUAAAUUCUUCUACCUUUCUCUUCUCGAUUGUGCUCACUAUAUAGAUAUUGUAGGUACACUGUACCUACAAUUUGUAUAACCUUUUUUUUCCUCCGAAUUUUUUAUAUUUUCUCGUCACAAAGCUAUAUAUAAUAAUUUAUUGAUUUAUUUUCACCACCAAUAAAGCCGUGUUUUUCAUAUUUUAUCGAGUUUUCCUUUCGCCGCCGCCACUGCCGCGCAUUUGAAUAUUGUUUUGUCAAAAAAAAAAAAAAAAAACAACAAGUAUAGGCAACACGAAAUAUUGUUAUUAUAUUAUCGACUGUACAAUAUUACGUCACGGUAUAAAACGGCGGCGACCAGAGGGACUAUACGCGCUCGAUUGCUGCACGUGAUGUGAGAAACAAUAAUAGUGAAAAUACCUACGGUUGAUAUCCUUGGUCAAUGCUGUUUGUCAAAGCGCCGGUUUCAGCGGUAAGUCGCAGCAGUAAACAUAAAUAUUGUAGUCACCGCCGCCGCCACCACCGUCGUCGUUGCAGGUAACCCCGUUAUGAUGUUUGCGUAUGGGUACCCGGAGAGAAGGGGAGUUUAGCGCGUAAGAAAAAAAAAAGUAGUAAAAAAAAAAAAUAGCAAACAGGUCUAAAUGAAAACGGUACGAAAACGGUCAUACGCACGGCGGCGGCGGCGGCGACGGUGCAGGAAUUAAAAGAGUCUAGUUGCCGAAUAUGGUACAGCCGCGCAAUGGUUUCUCGGAACGACGGCGCGCAGCUUUGUGCUGCAGUUUGUACGACGUACCUGUAACGUACAUUACGCGUUUGCCAUGGCGACGGGCAUGCCAUCGCGUACGGAAUCCGAUCGGAGAGAACAAGUAGAAGUCGUAUUUAUAUAGCGACACCAUAGGAACUUGGACGAGAAUAUUUUCCUCUCCAAGGUUCCGUAGGACGACCGCCGCCGCACGCUCAGCUGUGAUGCCACGCUGCGGGCGUUCAAGUCUUUCCUCCCCCCCCACCCUUUCCGGGAGACGCGAAAACGAAUAAUUUCCGAUAAGAUUUUAUUUCGUUAUUGUAACAACAACCGUCGUAAUUAUUAGAAAAAAAAAAAAUAAUAAAAAUUAUUCACCACAGAACAAAAUGUCGAGAUAAAUAUGCGAUGCGUUUUCGUCGAUAUUGAACAGAGCGAUGAAAAGCUUAGAUAACCAAAUAAUAUUAUCGUAUACAUAACAAACUUGUUCCGAGGGUCGAGAAUAUAACGGUUCGGACAAUACAUAAUGCGUAGGGAAACGUUAAACGGAAUCAUACGGUAAACUACAGAAUGGAGACCGUCAUAUAGGUAAAAUACUAAAAGGACUUAGAAAACGAUGAUUGGACAAAAUUAUACAGACGACCGUAGAGAUGUAUGGGAUGUAUUAUCGAUUCGGAACAAUUUAUUGGAGAUGUAGCCAGAUGAAGGGAAGUUGUGUUGAUAACUGAGACUUUCAUGACGAACUGUUAAGCUAGAUAAGCGAAGAAUAAGAAUAUAACUGUAACGCGUUAGUCAUAUCUGACCUGACGCUCUUAUCAAUUUUCAUGUUUUGAUAUUAUUCCGAUCGAAAUUAAAUUGCGCAGAUUUUUUGAUAUUACACUUUUGGUCGAAAUAUUUAAGUCCUCUCUGGAAUCAACUUGAUAACCCAUAAGCGAUCUGUGUUAGAAAAAUUACUAAAAUGGCUCUACUAUAAAAUGUGUGAAUUGUGACUUACUGUGUUAUGUUUUUGGAUAGCCAAAAUGAUACAGGAUUACGGGAAACUAAAUACGGAUUGUUUUGAUUAUGUUUUUGUUUUUUUAAUAAAUAGUGUCGGUUUACCACGCCUUGCAGGUUUUUUUUGCCGUUGUAUACACUUAUAUAGUUGUUGUCCGGAGGGGGGGAAGAUGAAAAUAUAACACUCGAUAUUACGGGGGUAGAUUUCAUAUUAUAUAUAUACAUAGGUAGCGUUAAUCGUUUAUUUAUUUUCUUUACGGAAUGCGCGACGAUCUUCGUAUUUGUCACGAGACCUACUACGUGUUUUUUUCUUCUUUUUUUUUUUUUGAUCUACAUAAACAUUGUAAACGAUGUUUGAUUCCAUGCAAUAAUUCCAUAGAAGGCUCGGCAAUACGCGGUCGGCCCGAAGUUAAAAUAAUAUCGAGGCGAAUCCUGUUCGUUUUAUCAACAUAUGGUUAUAUAGUAAAUAUAAUAGAUAUAUAUAAACGUAUAAUAAUAUGCGGAAUAAUAAUAUGUUACAUGUAAAGUAUUAUAAUAUUAUUUUGUUCCGUGCACUCUCGUGAUGUGUAUUUUAUCGGUCAUUUCGCACACGAUUAUUAUAUUAUUACCAUGCGUACGAGAUAGGUAUUGCGAACGCGAUGCUAAAUACAUACCUAUAUAUACAAUAAAUAAAAUGCGCCUACUUAUUAUGUAAUGAUAUUCCAUAAACGACCAAAUUGAUUUAUCGACAGUAUUUUGGAAUAAUGCCAAAAAAAAAAAAAAAAAAAAUAUGAUAAAAAAUUUUAACCGGGAAAAAGUUGCGUUUAGAUAACUGCGUAAAAUAAUACUGUUAGGUACUUAUACUGUACUUAUACUUGUACUGUAAUAUUAUUUUCUCGUUAUUUCAUAUUGUAAAAUAAAACCAACGAUCAUAAAAAAAAAAAAAAAAUAAUAAAAAAAUACCUAAGGCGAAUCGUCGUAAAUAGGUGCGUUUAUUCUCCGCGUACGGAAGUAAACCCCGUUUGUUUUAUUUUUUUCUUCGAGUACAUUAUAAUUCAUAGUAAUCAUACGUCCACGUGACACGGCUCUGGGUGUCCGCUUACCGUCGCAUUCUUUCGAGACACCGUUUUUCCAUAAUACGGAAAACGUUGGUUCGUAUCGGAUAUCGAUUGCUGCACACGUAUACGACUAAGUAUAGGUAUUUUAGGGUCCCCGUGGGUCAUCACGACGGCGGCGACGACGAAGUUUAUACCGCUUGGCGCGACUUUUAUGGCCCAGUAUUAUUUAUAAUACGACUUUUGCCCGACGGGAUUGAACGAAAACAAAAUAUGAUCAAGUAAUAUUAAUAAGCACCGACAGUACUGCUAUCUUGUUGUAAACCUGUUGGCGUAAUAUUAAUACAAUAAUGAUAUAAUAGCCGAUGCGUUUAGGGUUUCCGAAUAUACAUUACAUCGCAUUUAAUGAAGUCUAUGCGCUCGAAGUCAAACUAUGUGUGUAUAAUAUUUAAUAUUAUAUUAUGCAGUUUUAGAACGUAUGUAAUUUUUCAUUUUCUAAAGGUAUUAGCUGUAGGUAGAAUGUACCUCCUAAUGGCAUAUCGUCAUCGCGGUAUACACAAUUUAUUUUAUACCAUAAUAGGUAAGUUAGGUAUGCCUAAACAGAACAGAAUAUUAUAAUACGGUGUGAGUUUUUUUUACAACGUACAGUGGCGUAAAUAGGUAUAAAACGGCUCUCGACAAAGCGAAAAGCCAAUCGGGGGCCUUUUUUUCUAUUCAAAUAUACCUAAUAGCAGAAGAAAAUUAGGCUUUAUGCACGUAAUUUUGUCUUUUUUUUCAUAAUACAAAUUUUAACGCUUGCAAUAUUAUGUACUGCAGAGUUUUUCGAAUCUCAGGACAUUAGACGGCUAGAUAUUUUUGUUCCCUCGACCGUUUCGUAUCUCGUUUUAAGCAUUACUUAGUUUUUUUCUCUGCAGUAUGUUGCAUUUUCUUUCAAGAACACGGUUUCGAUCGUGGCUUCGGCAAUUAAGAGCUACGUUGAAGCCACGGACGAAAACAUAGGUAUUGUUCUUAAGAAGCGACGUGAUGACAUACCCGCUGUGUUGUAUCAGUCUUACCACCGCACGACGUAGCAAAGGCGUUUAACCGUGACGAUUUUGGGCUGUUAAUUGACAUUUAAUAAAACUUAAAAACAAGAGCACUAUCUAUGUAUGGUCAUAAGUUUUUAUUCGAUAUUACAAUUUUUAAACGAUAUCUAAGUGUGUGCAAUAUUACAGUUUAAAAAUGCUUUCAACUCAUUUAAAAGCUACAAUAUUAAGAGAAACACCAACGUACAACACAAACAAUGUUCAUAAAUUAAAGUUCGAUUAUUAACCAAUUCUCUUAAAAAAAAAAAAAAAAAUGAAAUUUAGCAGCACAAAAUUAUCCCUGCUGUAUGCGAGUUUACCGUGUCGUGCGUUUGUAAGACGCACCGAAAAAUAAUUCAAUUAUUGGAUGCUCAACCACACGCAUACAGUCGAUAUCGAGAAUGACGGCAAAGCAGUGUACUCACUAUACUCGUAAAAUAAUAAUAAUUAAUAAAACCGACGUAUUAUUAUUUACUUUUCAGUAUUCCGGAAGGACCCCUUUUUCUUUUUGAAUUAAUCGUAUGCCGACAGAAAUGCCUGUUGUACAACAGGGCCCGAAUACGGCCGCAUUGCCUGCAUUCUCCGGUCCCCGCUUUGCCACUGCGCGUACAACAGUUUAUAAUCAAAUCGAAUGCGUAUACAUUUAUAUUAUAAUUAUUCGCUGAACGAUACGGCGAAAGAAUAAUAUUUUAAUGCGCGUGACUUGUCCGUAAUGAUAAUAUAGUCGGUACAAGGAAUAAAUAAUUAGGAACACCGUGCGUAUGAACAAAGUGCUACUCGCGACGAGCUGCACGGGAUACGUGCACUUACUACAUAAACCGGGGCAUUUUUUUUCUCCUUCUUCUAAUUACACUGCGCGCGCCCCUGUCACAAUAUAAAUCAAUCAGUGUCCGAAAAAUCUAUUACUACAAUAAUAUUACGUUGAAAAUAAUUCUCAUAUAAUAUUGUUUCAGUGCCGUAAUAUUAUAUAUUAUUAUUGUUAUCGAAACCGUCAAUAACCUAUUGAGUGGACUGAUUUUUUUACACCUUUUGACUAGUGGAAAAAUGUAAACAUCUGAUAAGCAUAAUGGGCUAUCCGGGAUAAAAAAAAAAAACAAAACAGACGUUUUUCGUAUUGUCCCUGUAAAAACCAUUACUUUAUCAUAAACAAUAACACGUAUAUAAAAUAAUAUAUUUUGCUAAAUCGUUAAUAAAAACACGAAUGGGACAUGUCGGCAUAUCAGUGACCGCUGUAGGUUAGGUUUGGCUUACUUGCUCGGCAUCACUGCACGUAGUAAUCAUAUUGUACAGCAAUGUAAACAAGUGGCCUCGCCCGUUGUCAGUUCGGCACCGAUAAAAUAUAGUGGCCUCCUCCGCCGGAUGUCCCAACCGCAGGUCUCUAUUUAUCUAUACAUAAUAAAUACUGUGCGAUUUACGAUAAGUCGACGCAUUUCACGGGGAAAAAAACAAUAAAGAUUUGUUAGCCUGCCCAGUUACACGUCUUUUGAUGGUACACACCCGCGAAAAAUAACACGAUAUUUUGCAAAUCAAAUGUUUUCCGACUAAUUUUCGCUCCACGCGGGUGAAUUGGUGGAAAUGAUUGAGACACAUAUUUUCGUUGAUUUUAGUUCAAGUAUAAUGUUACGUAUCUAUAAAUAGGAUAAUACGAUAAUUAUUAUUUUUCGAAACUGUAUGAUACAGCAAGUAUCUACUCGAUAAUAUUUUCGAAAAUUCUUCGACUUUCUUUUUGUUAUUUCCUGCGAUAUUAUAUGCGUGAAUAUUAUUCGAAUGGGGUUUUUUUUUUUUUAUUAUUAUUUUCCGGGAUUGAAAUGCGUACCUCGAGUAACAAUUUUUUUUGUUCAUUUUGUAUUUAUUUUUUCUUUUCCAAAACGUACAAAUACUACUGAAACGCUACUGCUGCUGCUGCUGCUGCUACUGCAAUUGCACACGCGGGCAUAUAAUAUAAUAUAAUAAUAUAAUAUAACGAGCGUUACGUACAAUCGAAUGUCUAAAGAUUUAUUUUUAAACGCAUUGUGCCCUUCAUUGCAGCGCAGCUCGCGGACUCCGACUCGGCGCGUUCCGUAUUUGGAGAAACGGCUUGUCAGUGAAGUGCUGUGUAGUUGUCGAUAAGCGCGUUUCGGUAUAAUAAUAUUGAAAAAGAAAGAAAUGUACUGUGGUGCUUUCUCGAUUAUUCGUCCCGUACGGUAUAGGAGGUAGCUGCGGGUAUAUACCUAUCCGGCCAUUGUGUAUAGCGAGUUUUAAUUAGCCACUGUAAAUACGUUUGUUUUUUUUUUUCGUCCCGAAAUUCGAAUUAGUAAACAUCAUAAUAUUAUUAUCGUCGUAACAAGACGUGAUAAAAAUAAAAAAAAUUUCACAUUCAGAAUGUAUAGUGAAGAGACUAUCGUAUAGUUUUGAUAAAGUGUGCGUUUUUUAUUUCUCUCACGGAAAACACUCGUUCGAUUGGUAAAAAAAGUUCCGAAUUUUUCCGAAUAGUAACUGAUGCGCGUUGUCCGCCUAAUGGUACUUUAUGUGAAAACUCGUGUUCGAAAUUCUCAACCGUUUUUCUAAAAAUGUCGAAAAUCCGACAACAAAUGACGAUUAAUCAGUUCGAUUUUAUGGUAACUUUUUAGCUACAAAGGAAAAACACUAUAAUCUUAUCUGUUUAGCGAGAUCGGUUUUUGAUUAACCGUUGCUUUCGUGUAUAAACUAAAUAAUAUAAUAUUAUACUCGCUCCAUAACUUCCAAACAUCAAUUUACCACCAAGUACAACUUGAGAUUAAUCAAGAUGACUUGCAAUAAGUGCGUCUAAUUAUUUUAUUAUUUAUUACCGCUCGUUGGGAGAGAAGUGCAUUUAAAUUGUAGUCGAAUAUAAUAUAAUAUCUCUUCGUUCUCCAAUUUAUUUAGAUCCGUAUACGCUAUAAAUCAUAAUUAUAUACGUACCGGAUUCAAUAUAAAAUAACUACGACGACGGUAGCCACCUACAGCACUUUCGGGGUAUUGUAAAUCAAUAUAAUAUUUUGACAGUGAUCCGCGACCCGUGUGCCCGGCUACCGGUAACGUGUGUUAACACCGGUAGGGCGCAGCAUAAUAUUAUCAUAUUAUAUGUAUUACAAUAUAACGUGGGAGUAAAUUAUGUUUUCCCCCUACCGCACGCCGCCGUGCAUUCGUUUUUUUCUUCUCGCACAGUACCGUAUUCUUUAUUUUUCCUUCGUCAGACGCGAUAAUUAAAUAAAUCGAUUAGUAUAUUCGUACCUAUAUAUAUAUAUAUUGAUUAUUGAUACGUCAUACACCCGCGCUCCUGCUGUUUACCGUACGUUGUAUCGAUCCUAUUGGUGAACCCCGUGAAUUACGUGACUGUGUAUUUAUAAUAAAAACCGAGGUUGUGGACUUGAUAGGAUUUAAACAUUUUCAGUACGUUAUCGGUUGCGUUUAGGGACUUUUGUACGCGUAAAAAAAAAAAAUGAUCAUUAAGAUUCCUUACAUUUGACUAUGAUAUUUUUUUUAAUCUUGUCAACGAAAAUAUACACGCAAAUUCUAUAAAAGUCCCUGAUUCCAGUGACUCGUCACACAUUUGUAAUUCACGGAUUAAUUUAAAAAACAUAUCCCCUCUUAGUAACACAAUGGUCGCCGAGCAGUGUUUGAAAGGAACAAGUACCAAAAGGAACGAGUUUCAGGAACGGUUCAUUUUUUUAAGAAAAAGCUCGUGGAACGAAAUCCUUUUAUACAGGAAAAAGAACUAAGAUUUUCGUUCUUUUGAUUCGUAUUCCUUUUACGCAAGAACUUACAAAUUAUAAAUACAAAACGUUCUUAUAAUGCAAAACAUUACAAUUUUCCAUAAUGAAACUCGAAAAAAAUUAUAAUAUAUUAUUAAAUACUUAAAACAACAUUGUUAGGAUAAUGGAGUCUAUCGAUCUGAUAACUGAUUGUCCGUGUAAACAUUGUGAUAUAAUGAUAUCCGUAUAAAUCGUACCGGUUAACAGUUUACUGAUACUCGGAAUAUUUUUUUCUUUUUUAUUGUAACGAUUUAUCGUUGCUUUCAGCGAUAGGUGUAAACUAAAAUCUAAACUGUUUUGCGUCUUACACCAUCCGUACUUUCUGCGUACACUGCAACAACGGUAUACUCGCGGUGCCGAAUUUCUCUGUCUCUCUUUCUUUUUUUUUUUUUUUUUUAAUAUUAUAACUUCAAACGAUCGAAAAUUGCCACCUCCAAUGUUCAAAAAUCCGCGGCAGACGCGACGCGCGUUGUUUCCCCCCCCCCCCCCGCGUGACCGAUCGUUUCGAUUUGUGAUCCGUAUGCGCGGGGGAGUUUCGGGGAAUGCGCGAUCGCGACAGUUUUCACCGGCCAAUAAUAAGGGCCGCGUUCCGGUGUAAGCCCCGCGCGCACCCGACUGCGGCACACGCGAUACCUCGCAUAACAAUAACAGCACGCGGCGGGACACGGUAUUUUAUAUUGUACGCGGCCGCCCCGGCACUCCGCCGCCGCGACCGCCGCCGCCGGCACUACCUGUCGCGUCGCGCCGCCGACACAACGCCGCGCCGGGACGGCCCGCAGUCUUCGCGUCCACGGGCCCGCGUCAACUCGUACGUCUCCGCGAGACAUCCGCUCCCAGUCGCCACGACCGCCGCUUACUCGCGCCGCUCAUUCACGCGCGUCGGCGCGGGCACGUUCGUCCGCGUUCCACAUAGAGAAAAAAAAAAAAAAAAUACAAUAAUAAUAAUACCGGUCGCGGUACACACGGCCGCGUUUUCCGACCGCGCGAAUCCGGGAACCGCGAGCGUACGGACCGCCGGCACUCCCCCGCGGCGGCCGGUCCGCGCCGGGACGAAUGUGCGACGACCAGGUGGUUUUCGCCGGCGCGCCGCGCGUCCGAACCCUUCGCGACAGUCCGCGAUUUUCCGACGACCGACACUGCCGGUUGGUGCGAACCGCGGCGACCAAUACUAGUGCGUAGAUAACACGCGCGCGAACCGGACGAUGCGUCACGAUGGGGCCGAUCGCAUUCUGCAGUCUUUUGAUACUCGCGCUGGCGCAGAUUCCGCGCCACUGUCGGCCCGCCGAAUGGGACGGAUAUACACCCUGGUUCACCGGUUCCGGUAAAUAUCACGCGCCAAAUACUCGCGUAUGCGCUUAUAGUAUUUGAUAGAUCCCCAGCGAAGCUGUGUGUUGUGUUACGGGAUCGGACUGCGGUUUUACCGCGAUGCGCGUAAAAUUUUCGAUUCGUCGCGAGGGAUGAUCAAUCGGUUUUACUACAAUGUGUAUUUAGUUAUUUUCCGCCUGCAAACAACUUCUGUACGAGAAAUCUCGUUCCGAUGUAGAGAGCAUAUUACAAGUACCUUUUCUGAAAGGAAAUUUUCUCCGGUCGGUGCAUUCGGGAGGUCGAUUUUUUUUUUUUUGAUUUUCCGACGGGUUAUCGAAAUAAUUGAGAAAAACCCGAAAGAAAAUGGAUAGAUAAAACGGCGAAUAUCUACGGCGUGCCGCGACGUUAUUGAUUUCAUUGAUUUUUUGAUUUAAUUUACGGAAACUAUGUUUCCUACCAAUUACAAUCGAAGAAUAACAAAAUAUCGAUUUUUUUAUUUUUGAUUUAUAGCCACUGACAUUUUUUACAUCCAUAUUAUUUUCAUAAAAAUAUACAAUUUUUUUUUAAAAGCGGAGCAACGAUUUCAUUAUAUAAAAUAUUUAAGCUUAUAUUUGUCUAAAUUUUGAAAAUGUUGUCUAGUACGCGAGUAAGAAACUUGUUUGAUUUUCGUGAACAAUGGUUUAUCCUGGCGUACCGAUAUAAAUUGAAUAGCUUUAUGCAUCCCACCUAAAACAGUGGCUGCACCCGUCUUUAGUAUUAGCACGUUUUUUUUGUUUUGUCUGUAAAUGACUGCCAGAAAUCUGGAUUCAAUCAAAAAAUUUGUAAGACCUUUCUUGGAGAAUUUUCGAUCUAGUCGGCGUAGUCGAAGAGGUCGUAUUUUGAUUUUCCAAGCAGUAUUCAUGCUACGAUUGGGGAACACUGGGCAUUUUUCGUAUGAUUCUUGUUGAUUUCUGAUUCACCUUGGCUAUAAAAGAAAAAAGUACGAUUAUUAAUACUCAGCUCAGAAUCAUUUUUUGUUGCUUAGUGAUAUAUAUAUUAAAUUAAGGUACUUUAUAUCCUCUCUACCGACUUUCCUCCUAAAACAGUGGCAUACCCGUCAGAAUUAACAGGAUUUUUUUGUUCCGUAAAUAUAACUUAGGGAAUACAUUACGGCGUUCAAAAACACCAUCACGUCGCGUCGUUUCAUUUCGAUGGAAAAAUACAACGAAGUGUGUAUCUCACAUAAAUUAGCAUACAGCUUUUGUUACUGUAAUAUUAAUUGGUAAUAUUAGUUUGUACACAUUCUUUAAGAAAAACUGCACGUCGAAUUUUGUUUUCUAUAACAUAGGUACCUAAAAAUAAUUUUUAAAUGCUAAUAUAUGCGAGAUGAUAAUAAUCGCCGAACGUUCGUAUUCUGCAUUUUACAUAAUACAGGCACUAUUAUUAUCUCAUUAUAUUUUAUAAUAUUCUUUAUCUAUGCGUGAUUUGGCCGAAUUGUAAUUAUUUACAGUGUUUGAAUCGACUCUAGAUUUUCGGAUUCUGAGCAAAGCGAGGAACGUAUUAGUUUUACUAUAAUGCGUCUUUAUUUAUAUGUAUUUAUGUCUGUAAACAACUUCUCUACCAGCAAUUUCGAUCCAAUCAAAAACUUUAUAAGAAUUUCUAUGUAGGAUUUUUUGUCUGAUUAGUACAUUGAAAAAUUGAUUUUUUGAUUUUCUUAAUAAAAAUGAGAAAAACUGGAAAUUUGUUUUUAUAAUUUUUGUUGAUUCCAUAUUUAUCUAGGCAGCGAAGGAAAUAUACGACUAAUAAUACUCUAUUUAGAAUCGUUUUUCAUUAGUAAUAUUUAUGGUCACGUAAAGAUUUAAAUUAAAUAAAUCUAUUUAUCCUACCUGCACACUUAUCAGCAGUAUCAGCCUUAUUUUCGUGAAACGUUCUGUAAACGAUCGGUUAGUACUUGAUAGUAAAAUUCAAAAUAUCCCAUAUUAUCUUUAAAUGCCCUUUUCCUCCACAAUUGUAUCCUCUAGAAAAAUCAUUUAGAAGGUGUCUCAUGAUAAUAUUUUGUUUUCUCGGUCUAUAUAGUACGUAAUUUAGAAACAACAAACACAUUCCGCACUUUAACAAUUGCGACUGUCUCAUUGAAUUUAAAGCAAAAAGAUCUAUUAUAUGUUUUAUAAUAUUAUAGACUACUUAGUAUCAACGAAUAAUUUUUUUUAUAUUUUAAUUUUUUAUUAUGAUAUUCGUAUUUCAAUUGAAAUUGAUAUCUCUUAAUUCGUCCAUUAGUUAAUAACUUAUUAAAAACAAAAUCGUUCGUAGAAACCCUAGCAAACAAUUUUCUUUAUAGGAACGUAUGUAAUAGGUCCUUUUAUCCUGAAGUCAGUCAGAUCAAUCGGAGUAGUUGAAUUUGCGGAAUACCUAUAUUGCACAAAACUUGGCAGAAAAAUUAAAUGUUUUCACGAAGCCCUUUAAAUAUUUAAAGAACAAUAUACAAUUUUUUCCCCCGAAUUAUUCACUUCGUUACCUUUAUUUGUUUUUAUUUUGUUUGAUGUUAUUAGAGUAAAAAAAAACCGGCGCAUUAAAAUUUAAAAUAUCGCUGUGUCAAUACAAACAAUAUCACGUGUAUAAAUAUUGUACCGGAUAAGACGUCUGUAUUAGAUAUAAGUACCUAUCAAACGGUUAUUACCUUUGCUAUAUAUUUGAACAACGCGAUUGCGUUAUAUUCGAUUUUUAAAGGGGAAUGAUUAUACUGUGUGAACAGAUAAAAAAAAUGUAUGUACUACCGUGAUUUUCCUUCCCCCCUCACUCACUUGUAUGUCAACGAAAACCAACCAUUAAAAACGAUGAUUUCGUAAAUACGCGUGUGUAACAAAACGAAUCUGCCGAAACGGAAUUGCUAUGAUAUUUUGUUAUACGCCCCGCAGCGACCGCAGCAUUGCGAAAUACCGAGCAGUAUAGUUAUAUUUACUAUAGGUUGGCAGUCUGUAAUAGUUCAUGAAAUGUUCGUUAUUCAAAAGGUAUCAUAAUAUACAGAGUGUGGCAAAAGUUCGUAUUUGAGGAAAAAAUAUACCUUACCAAAUUUAAACAAUCAACGUAAAAAAAUGAAAUUCGAAGUAGUUACACAAUUAUAUAAUGUUCAGCGCCAAAGGUUUUUCGACACGGUUAAUUUAUUUUGCCAUAAAAUCCAAUAUUGAGCCUCUAUUUAAUCAAUAUUGAAAAUAAAAAAAAAGCGUAGUCAGAACCAUGUUUUAAUCUUGCAAUUACUCAUUUGAAAUUUCAAAAGGCGAUUAUUCUGAAUAGUGGGUCCUAUUUAAUGGCAUUUGUUCGUCGUCUUCAAAUACUAUUAUACUAUUAUACAAAUACUAUAUGCCAUUUCGUCGGUAUUCGUAUUAACGAAAUACUUGAGUUGUUUUCUUUUUUUUGUAAUCAUUUUCCCUACCCCUCCAAAAUUAUUUCAAGUAAUUCAUAAGAAAAACACCGUAGCACUUCAUUCAAAGGCCAGUGAGACCACCUAAUCGGUCUCACGGCACUCAACGUAAUAUACGUGGUGACGUAUAUGAACUGUCGGAAAUUCGUGCGUGAAUGACUGACCGAGCUACGUUACGAGCUGAUCGGUUCUUGCGAGCGUCAACGGAUGUAUUAUACUUUUGCCGCACCCCGUAUAUUAUAAUACGUACAGUACAACCGCGGUAUAAUAACCGGAACGUCCCAAUCUGUCGGUCGGUUAGUACUUACCUAUAGGAACCCAUAAAGAAUUCCUCGCUACCGAGUGCAGCUGCUAAUGGGAUUGUCACGAGACUUAUUGUUUUUCACCCGCGGUCUAAUUAUUAUUGUCCGGUGCUGCGACUGCCACACCGAGACGUAUCCUGGAGGCAAAACAAAAACAUUACGUACGCGCAUACAUACCGAAAAUGACGAAUAAUAAUAUUCCGUUUACACCGACGUCGCCGUAUUAUAAUAUACUCUUACUUGUAUAUACACCCGUCAGCCUCGUAUACGUAUGUACGCGCAUCACGAUGCUCUUUCGAGAUGCCUCCGUCACUGUACAUAAUCCGUGUUUGUACCUACACUCGCCCAUCGCAUUAUAUAGGGUCCUGCAUAAAUUAUAUAAUGACCCGUCCCGUGAGGUGUGUCUUUUACGGCCGUGGAGAAAGACAGAGAGAGAAAGAGAGAGAGAAAAAAGAAAAAACCGACUCGCACUCGAACCGCUGCUCUGCAGUCUCAUCUUAUUUACCGCGUGUGCAGUGCGCGGGUUACCACUAUAUUCGUCUGCACGGUGUUAUCGGCCAUGUAUACUGCAGGUACCCGGGGUACAUGUAUAUUAUAUAGUGAAUACGGUGUACUUUUGUAUAUUAGGACACGCGGGUUCGAGAAGAUUGAUGCGUUUUUCACUUGAAUGGUACUGUAAUUAAAAAAAAAAAAGGAAAAAAAACAAAAUUAUACUUACUAGACUAAAAGGUUAGGACCGGUCGGCCACGGUCUAUACCUACCUGCGGUUCGUGACGUAUAUUACAAAUUAACCGUAAUCGGUAAUGUCAUCGUUGGCGGCUAUAUAAUAAUAAUAAGUCGCGUUUAAUAAGUUCGUAAGCGAGAUGACGAGUUCGGUAGAUUUUAACAAUUAUUAUCAUUAUUAUUAUAUUGGGCGGGUGUCGAGUGAAACGUGGACUGUGACGGUCUCAUGAUCUAUCGUACAAUAAUAACGUUAUCGUUCGGCUUAAGUUAGGUUAAGUUAGAGACGAGUAAUUUAGGAACAAAGAAUUUGGACCGCGCGGUUUUUUAAUUCGCGCGUCCCGCACACAUGAUCACAUACGUGUUCGAAUUGAAUUUGCAGUAUCAUAAUAAUACGUAGACGGUAAAGUAGCGCCAAAAAUUAAAAAAAAAAAAAAAAAAAUUAUUAGCAUUAUGUGAAAUAUAUAACUGUCAUUUUGGUCGUAUUUCGUUCAUCAAAAUUGCUCAAAAAACAGCUCGAAAUUGUACAUCCAUAUUAAAUGCUCCGGUACCUGAAACAUCAUUUUUUUGAAAAUAUAUUUUGUAAAAAUUAAAACCUCCAAUUUUUUUCGAUCAUACUAUAUUAGCGAAUUUCGAUUUACUUUUUGCUUUUGUUUAAUAUCGACAUAACACUGCACAACAUUUGACACAAACGACGUCAUCGAUUUCAAAAAUACAAAAUCUGAUUGAGAUUAAAUAACUUUCUCUCUUUCGUAUUGACGAUAUGUAUUGCAGUCGUAAUUCAGUCACGUUGUUCUAAUCUUGCAAGAGCUACCCGAAAAUUGUUUUUUUCUAACUACGCCUCUGCUGUCCACUACGGCUGUGCAAACCGACGAUUCGAGUCCAUAUAUAUAAUAUUGAACACGCGCACGUAUAGUAUUAUCAAGGGAUCGCGAUCUUUUGCAGCUCGGUUUUUUUUUUUUUUUUAGUUUAUUUGUGCGCUCACGAUCGCCUCGGUCUCUUGCAAACGUGCUCGUGUAUGGACGUGCCUUUAUAUAUUGUAUAUGUUUUCCUCGUGUGGUGUAAUAUUAUUAUUAUUAUAAAAACGACGAUAAUUUUUGAUUUAUUUUUUUGUGUAAAUCACAUCGAUCACGGCGUAAUCAUAACUGAUAGUAAAAAGACGGACGGAUCAUUCCUGUACAUAUACCUAUUUUACAGAAUGUAUUGUGUGCCCAAAGAAGAUACUAUAUACAGUUACUAGAACGACAAAAUGUGAUUGCGGAAUACGUUUCUAUAGUUUUUUGAUGAAAAUCGAUGACCACUCGUAACACACAUAAUUCUCUUCGGGGUGCGCUUGAAUACAAUAGUUCAUAUAUCUCUAUAUUAUCUAUACGGCCGCCACCUGAACGUAUAUAUAUAUAUUUAUAGGCGUAUUAAUAUUACAUUGCCUCGCGUCGGAGACUUAUUACUCGUAUAAUACUAUUAUAUUGCCGCCAUCACUCGACCGUAAAUCAAUUGUUGAUAAUAAUAAUAAUAAUAAUAAGGGUAUUUUUCAUAUUAUACAUAAGUACGUUUCAUACAUACAGGUCUUAUCAUCAUUGUAUAUUAUAGGUAUACUUUAUUUAUAUGGCGGGGAUCGACGAUGAUAAUUAGACGGCGUUUGCCUCGGGGGAGCUGCAGCAGGAAAACAAAAAAAAAAAAUUAUGUAAAUUUCAUUAUACGCUUAGGACCUCCGAGAGAUCCUCAUCACCACGAUCUUCAUCGUUUCCCCCAAAACGCGUCGGCAAGUAUAGUGUAUGUACAUAUAUAAAAUAAUUAUUGUACUCAGCGGGUAGUGGCGCCACACAUGCACACACGAACAGACUCACAUGCACAUAACAUAAUAUAAUCCCCAAAAAGAAUAUAAUAAAUAAAUUAUUAUAUAUAGGUGGAUAUAUCCAAGAAAUCGCAUUAUUUGAGCUACAGCAGCGCCUCCCACGCGUGCUGCACAUUUCUACGGCCGACCCACCACCCACAUUACCAUGCAUGGCUAUUGUUACUUACGAUAAUACGAUAAUAAUAUUAUUAUUGUAUAUUAUCAGCACCUGCGGCAAAUCCAUAAUUUUCGGCAUCACAAAACGAAAAUAAUAUAAUCCAGACAUUUUUUUUUAUUUUCUUACAAUAUUCUCGAUUUAGUGUUUUUGUGGAGGAGUUCUCAGAAUGUAUACAUCAGAUAUAAUAUAACAUCUUAAUAUUUUAUAACGGCCGGGAGUCUGUCGUCGAUAUUUUUCGGAUGGGCGUUUUUCUACAUGUACGCUCAGAAUUUCUAAUAUAUACAUUACAUCUGCUUCUUUUUAUUCUGGCAUUUAGUAUACUCUCUCAGAAUUGUUUCCGUCAUUACAAUCUUAUUCCACAACGACCAUACAUAUAUUAUACAGAGAUCUCGAGGUCUCUUGUCCAUUGGUUUCCAAUUCAAAACUGUAUUGCAUGAUAUAUAUCGUCCUCGCUUCUUUGUAUCACGUGCCCGUAAGUCAUGGGGUCCUUUACACUAGGCUUACGAUUGACUCAGUAUCCAUUUCUUCUACUCUCCAUAUUCUAUUUCGUCCUUAGUGUUCUUUCGUUGGUAUAGUUAUCCGUGACAAAUAAAAGAAAUAUUGAAACUUUAUUCAUAAAACUGAACAAAACGGUUAUUCGGUUAGUUAUAACUAAAACAUUUUCCACUCACUGCGCAAGCCGUAUAACGAAAUCAUAAAAAAAAAAUACUAUUUAUCAUUCAUAUCAGUUUCUUCAGCAGUUACUAAAGAUAAAUAUCAUCAAAUAGCGCUCUUUUAAGCAAACCACAUUUUAAGCUAAGUUGAGUAUCUAUGUAUAUAUAAUUCCUUUGUCGAUGGUACCUAUACAUACUAUAUAGAAUAAUACUCUACGAUUCCUAUUCAUAAAUAUUUAUAUAUAUAUGAGCUUUGGCCUUAUAUUAUCGUCACGUUAAAUCUCGAUUUGAUUUUCUUUUGAAAAGAGUUUUCACUUAAGGAAUUAUUUACGUGGGGCAAAUGAAAUAAUACACAAAAUCAAUAUAUAAUAUGUACAUACAAAAAAAGGUGCAUCCGUUUGACAUAAUGUUAUUAUUAUCUUAUUGUAAGUGAUGACUUGUUUUACUCAACGUGACCAUAUUAUUAUUUUAUUUGUUUUGUUCAAGUAUGGAUACAUUAUAUAAUAUACGUUUACCUAUAGUAUAAUGUACAUGUUAUUCCAGUGGGGUUUUUUUUUUCUAAGCAUAAACUCAGAGACUUAAACGCCCGCUGACGGACAACAUCACGCAUUAUUAUUAUAGUAUUAUAAUAUUACGCCGGCACAAUAGAUAUUAUUUUUUUCGUGGUACUAGAACGGUUUUAUUCCCACUCAGGGCGUAAACGUAAGAAACAAUCGAUCGUUAAUUAUUACUACGCUUAUAUAUAUACCUAUUACGGAUUUAUAGUUUUCCUUUCCCCUUUUUAAAUGAAAUAGCUGCAGCAGGUACACAUUAUAAUAUACUUAUUAUUAUAAUAUUAUAUUUAUUAUGCAUUUGCACAGCGACGAUGUCUGCAGUGAUAAUGUAAUAUAGUUACAGUUGUUUGUUUAUUAUAUACAUGUGUACACAAUUUAAUGCAGGUAGCUGCAGAAAAGAAAAUCUUUAUGCCAAUUAAAGUUGACCGUAUUAUAUGAUGAGAUUAAAACAAUAUAAUAAUUUUAUUAUUAAUAAACGUAUGCAGUCUUUUGUUGUUAUACCGACUUCCUAACCGACAAAUACAUUAAAAAAAAUACCCACGGUUAUUUUAUGGGUACCUAUAUAGAUAGAUACCUGCCUAUAUUUCUCGAUCAAGAUCAAAAUUCUUAAUUGGUUAAAAAAAAAAAAAAUCGAAUAUUGUAUAAUAGAAUAAUUAAUUUAAAAAUAAUAAUAAUAAUAAUAAUAGUUUAUGUAUUAUAGUAAUCGUGAAUAACUCAUAGAACAAUAUCUCAAAGAAACAAUAACGAUUCGUCUCAAACGUUAUAUGUAUACCUAUACACUGCAGUUUAUGAUGUAUAACCAACGAGAUAAUAUCUAUUUUGAUCUAAUUUUAUACGUAUAAAAAAAAAAUACUUAAUAGUUUCACUAGGUAGUAAGUACCUACCUAUAGGUGUAUUCUACAAACGAAAAAAUGUAUUAUAAAAACGCGACACGACGCGGUUUAUGUCGAUAUUAUCGUCGACUGCUGCAGCUAUAUACCUAAGUAGACCAUCUUAUAAAAAUCGUGAUGAUUAGAUAACAAUACGAAAAAUAAUUUACUACGACAACGUUAAACUUAUAUAUUUUAACACAUAACACGUAUAACAUUAACUGUAUACAAUAUACUCGUAAUAUUAUAAUCAAAUGGCUGGCUAAGCAUAUAACCUAUAACGAACUAUAACGAGUAUUGUAACAUUAAAGUUUUAAUAUAUUAUUCCGUAUAUUCUUAUAAAGUAAUUUGAAAAGUCCGGUGAAGCAUCGGUGUUGUUACUUUUCAAAUCAAAAAUUUCCGACGACAUCACUGCAAAUGACUUGAUCGCUCACCACGUUAAAAAAAAGGUUUUGGUGGACAGUGUGAUGGAUUUUUUAUAAUGUUUUGUGUAUCAUAACAAUUUUAUCGUUUUAUAUUAUUAUCGAACAAAUCUGUGUCAGUUCUAUCAUCACUAACACCGAAAACGAUGCUCCUUUAAUCUUUUAUAAUACGGUAUCAUCAUCGUUGAUGACACGCGCCGAUACCAUGACAAACGAUUUUAAGACUAUAUGGAUUGUUAACGGUGUUAUAUUUAUACGCAUAUAAACAAUAAAAACGUGAAUGGUACAUGUCAGCUUAUCGGUGAAGACCAGCUCUUGUCAUAUAGUCACCCAUAGUUUUCAUGUAAUGUGACGUAUGCGGCAUCAAUUGUUCCGCAUUGUAUAGUAAUAUCAUCUUAAAAUGUUAACAAACCGGUCGUCUCGUUUGUUAAUAUCAGUUCAGAUAAUACACAAUACGUAAAUUCAAAACACGAGUUAAUAUUUAUUUUUUUUUUUUGCCAUGAAAAACCGUCCAAUAUCCUCUAUUUCUCGCGUUUAAUGUAAAUUGCAUGUAAAACGACCUCCGUCAUUCCCGGUCUUGUUAUAAUACGGCUGUGUGGAAAAUCUAGUGGCCAUCAAUUGCGGCCCACCUAGCUGGUCUUUAUCGUCUAUGGUUUAUACGGAUAAUAAUAAUAUGAUUUCGAUUCAUUAUACACUUUUACCACUUUAUACCGCUGCGGAUAGGUUGCAAUACGCAUUAUGUUAAACAUUAAUAAUAUUAUCGACGGAACAUAAUGUAUGACUAUGUAAUUUCGAUCCGAUCCGUUGCCUCCGGUUUUUAUAAUAAUAAUAAUAAUGAACAAUAUAAUUACGAGCCAACUGUUAUUACAAAUAUUAAACGAUUAUCGUAUUACCGAUAUUAUAAUAAUGGUGCCUAUUGCAAAUGAAGUGGAAAAUUAUACCGUCACGGGGCCGUAAGAAAUGAUUAACAAUCGUUUGCGAUAAUUAACAUAAUAUAAUAUAAUAUAUUUUAACGCGCGCGAAUUUGUCGACUUGCAUUUUAGCCGACAGCAACAGUUAUAAUUUGGCCAGUAUUUAUUCAUACAUUUUAUGCGGUUUUUAAUUUUAUCUAUAAUGACUGUAUACCUGUGUAGUGUACGAGUAUGUAUAUACUCAAAUCUAUAUAAUUUUUUUUUCUAGUGGCACCGUUUAUUAAAAAGUCUGUCUUAUCGUUUAAUAAUCGUAAUAUUAUGUACGAGCGUAAUGAUAAUUUUGUACAAUAAUACGAUUUAUAUAGUUAAAUAGACUAUAGGAAAGCCGGUCAUACUUCGGACCGUGAGAAGUCGGGUAUGGGAUAAAUAAUAUAUAGUUAUGUACACUGAAAUCUAUAACCGUACAGAUUCAUUUCAAUCGAAAAACGGUUCUGAGCGGAGCUCGAUAGACUAGCAAGUUUAUAGUUUGUACGUCGUGUUUUUUUUUUUUUUACUUGAAGGCAAAACAUGCGCAUUUCUAUAUAUAUAUAAUGUGCACAAUUUGGUGCAUUUUUACUAACUAAAAAAAUGGUUUCCGGGAAAAAGAACACACGUCUUCUAGUGUUAUUAUAUAGCUUCUUCGCCACGAUGAGAAACUGGAAAAAAAUAAUAAAACACCAAGACCGUCGGACAUAUUAAUAAUAAUACAAUGUUUAUGCCCGACGGCAAUGAUAUUACGUAUGUGUUAGAUUAGAUUAGAGCGCAAACGAUAAAAAUAAACAAUAUGAUCCGUGAUACUUUAAUAGUGUUAUUUUAGCGACGCGCGCGUGUUGGAGAAUGCAAUUUUAAUAAUAAAUACUUACGUAUCGUUAGUCUUAUUUGUUUAUCCUGGGAUGAAAAUAUAACGUUGCAUUACGUGCGGUAGGUAUUUUUACAGUAGGUACAUACUAUACAUACCCGUAUAGUACUAAACAAUUUGUGUUUUAGGGACGAAAAAAAUUAAAAACAUCUCUCCGUUUCUCAAACGUAUCCGACCAUUUUAUUAUUAUUUUUUUUUUAUAUAUAUAACGAGAGACAGUCCUUUGGAGGGAGAGAGAGAAAAAAAAAUGCUUUGUCCGCGAUUUACGUCGUAAAAGCGAAUGGGUAAAUUUAUGCCAAUAUAUUGUUAUUACCUAUUUAAGACCACGCGGGCAUAUUAAAUACGUAUAUACGUAUACGUACCUAUGUACGAAUAAGUAAAGGCGAUCGUAGAAUUUGAGAAGGCGCGUCGACGUGCCGCUAUAAAUCAUUAUUUUUUUUUUUUACAGUAGAUUCCCUGCGAUGGAGACGGUUUCAAAAAAAAAAAAAUAAUAAUAAUAAAAAUAAUAAAUUAUACACCUUCCGAAAAUUAUUGCUUGCAUAUACCCACGUCACGCAGAUAAAUCGCUUUCGUUUUAUAACGCCCUGUAUUUUUCACCUAGGUGUGUAUAUUAUGUCAAAAAGAAAAGAAAAAUUAGAUUUUCAAUAAUUUUAACAAAAAGCAAUUCUAUUUUUGUUACAAUAUUUUAUCAAUCGAAACAAUAUUAUGAAAUCAGUAAAAUACAUAAACAAAGAAAUACCGUCAAUGUUCUUUUCGAAUCGGGUAUCGGGAUAAAAUCGGGUAAAAAUAUUAUGGAUGAAUAUUAUACAAUUGAAUUUAGUUCGUCUUAGAUUCCGUGUUUAAAGAAGUGUGGCUAUUCGUUUUGCGAAGAUGAGUUGUUUUCCCAGAAAAUAUUUUUACGGUUAUAGUAAAAAUGCUCUGACUUUUUUAUGUCAUAUCUUGAUAUAUGUAAAAUAUUUGCCCGGUGAUAGUUUAUUUGAAAAAUAUAACGAUAAUUUUAUCAAUUUCUCCUUAGGUUAUUUUUUUUAUAGUGUUUGGUUUUUGGAUUAUUCUGGACAGGUGGGGACGUAAGGAAAAUACCAUGACUGUAUUAUAACACAUACGAUUCCGCUCAGAAUCGUUUUUUCGUUUGUAAUGUUUUAUCUUUGUAAUAUAUAACACAGCAUACGAACUUAAUUUCCCUUGUAUAACGUAUAGCCUACCUUAUCAACUAUACAGAGUGUAACACGACUAUUUGACAUUUUUACAUUGUCGGUACAUGUAAACAUGUCAAAUAGUUCUGUUACACCCUGUAUAACCACUUAAAACAGUAGUCUGCCCGCGAACAGUAUCAAAUUUACGAAAUAUAAAUUAUUUUUUCAAAAAAAAAUUCAUUUCCACGUACACUAUAGUCCUCGUUGUCUUCUUUUAAUAUUCAAAUAAAUGUUUUUACUCUAAAAUCAAAAUCGAGCGAGUUCUUCAAAAAAAACGUGUUUUAUACCAUUAAAAAUCAUUGGGAAUCACGUCAUCUCGAACGCGUGACGUGCAUGUAUAUAUUAUUAUUCUUUACUUCUAUGUACCUAUACGGGUGGCAAAUUGGAGCCGCGUGUAACAGCGCUCGUAAAAAUGUUUCGCGGACAUAAUACGUGAAAAAACGUGUGUUGUUGACAAGAAUAUUAUUAUUGCGAUACAACAAAAUGGGUUUAUAUUUUUUAUAAUACCCAUUUUUUUUUAUUUUAUUGUAGCUAAGGUAUACCUACAAUAUUAUACGACGACGCAUAUUAUCGCGGCGGAAACAGACCUCCGGGCUGCCGCCGCUCGUCGGCCCGUGACAAUUGGACCAUCGAGAUAAACGUCACGCCGCCACUGCGAGGGCGAAACGCGUCCCGUUCACGUUAUUAAAAUUAUUUAAAAAAACAUUACAAUAUCGUAAUAUAUCAUUCACUUAUGAGUUAUCUGGCGAGCGUGCAGCAUAAUAUUAUAUACAUAUACAUACAUAAAAUAGUGAGUUUUGUGUUCCGGUAGACUUGUUCCGCGCUAGUUUUGUCUCGCGUGACGUGCUCGGACUAAUACCUAUUACAAUACAUUGUUGUGAUCCGGAGAAGGGAUUUACGAAAUGCGAUCACGAACGACGAAAAUGACAAACUGAAAAGCCUGCAUCCGUUUGUUCGUUCACGGACGAUAAUAUUCUAUUCGUCAGAGCUCGUAAAUAUGUGAAAAACCGAUGAAAAGACGUGUGUUUAAAAAUUUGUCGACUUCGAGUACCGAAUUGUCCACAUAAGUUUGUUCUUUAAAAAGAUAUCAUUAUAAUACAACGAUAAUUAAGUAUCAAAAGACGUCCUAAGAUAAUGGAGACUAUAAUGACGUCCUAGGGUAAUGGAGACAGAUGAAGCCACUGUUAUAGGAAAUUUAAUGUAUACCUGUAAGCAGUGAUAAAACAUUGCCAACGAAAAAACGAUUCUAAGCGCAGUUCAGUUGAUAGUGAUGCUUUGUCAACAAUAUAUAUAUAUAUAUUACAUUAUGGUAAAAUAAUUAAACAGUUAUUAUAUAUUUUCUUUUAUAAUAUUUGUUUAACAUCGUACAGAUUUUCCCGUUUUUCCUGGAUUUCCCAUGGUUUUUCCCGGUUUUACAUAUUUGCUGGCCAUCGAAAAAUGACAUCUCUAAAGUAGGUCUCCAGUCAGAUUUCCUUUUAGAAAAAGUGUUAUCAUUUUAAAUCGAAAAGAAAUUGCUGGUAGAAAAGUUUGAAACAAUAAAUCGAGGAGUAUUUUGCAAUUAAAAUAUUCCGAGCGAGUGAUGGCUUAGGUUUCUAAAUACACCCAAAAUGCAUUUAUUUUAUUUCCUUGUUUAGGUAAAAAGGAAAAAAAAUGCAAACAAUUUUCUUUCGGAAUACUGGUUUGAACUCGAUACCUUUAGGAUGGUAAUAAUCAUAAAUAACCAUUAGAUCACGACAAAUAUACUUAAGUACAAUAUAGAUUUAUUUAAAAUAACAUAUAAUAUCCGCAUAAUAUUAGAACUUCAAAAAGCUAUAAUUUCAAAAUUUAGUCAGUCCGCUUAAUUCUGACUUUUUCAUCGUUUUUAAAUUGGCAUUAUAUAUACGUUCGAAAAAAAAAAAUUGAUAAAUUAGAUUUGUUUCACUUAAUGUUUUAUUUAAACGAUUUUUGAUAUUAAAAUCCUAUAAAAAAAAAACUUCAUUAAAUUAAAUUUUGUUUUUUUUUUACUACAAAGUAAAACUCUUAAUAAACCUUCUGUUAAAUUUAAGCAUUUCUGUUGUUCAAGUCUAAAAAUUUGACCACAGAGUACCUAUCGAAUAAAAAUUACGUACAAUAUGAUAGUGAUAGUUUUUUUUUAUAUGUAUAUAUUUAAACCCUCAAAUUAAUUACCGUUUAUAAAUGACACGUGCUGUACUACUAAUAUAGUACAAAUAAACGGGGGAAAUACAAACACACAGUGUCACAGAUCAUUUUCCGACAUCUUUGUAGAAAUAUUAGCAUCGCAUCACGUACGUAUGUCAGAUAUAUUAAUAAGCACGAUAGCACGGUGAUGAUAAGAAUGACUUAUUACUUAUAUAUUCCGUAUAAUUCAAAAAAAAAAACUGACUGACCAGGAUGUUUUAAACUCUCGUCACUAGUUAGCAAUCUAGAAUAGUUAUAAUACUCGUAUUAUAUCUGUGUCGCACGUUUUUUUUAAUUGACGCGUGACGAAAAAAAUUUGUAAACGUCCUUUUUAUAAUACAAAACACGUCUAUCGUUUUAUUACUAUACGGUUUUUUAAACUCGUGUGAAUUUUGUAUUUUUCGUAUCCCUCAGCAGCUUCAAAAACCAAUAUUUAUACAGACAGAUGUUUGAGACCGUAUUACAGGUAUUGUUAUACGCAACACGGUGUGAAAAAGCGAUAUUGAUAAACAAAGCGUAUUUUUAAAAUUGUCCAUGUACGGCUCGUCCAAAUUAUGUAAAUAAACGUGUUUUUUUUAAAAAAUCAUUAUAUGUUCGUUUAUUUCGGAUAACACACCUCCGGUGAAACUAUCAAUAACAAUAGACAGUGUUUACAUUAUGUUUAUAUACAAACAAUAAAACGAAAUAUUUCAGCCAGGUCACUUGAAUCACAACGGGAUUAUUCUUAAAAUGGCGAGGACUGGGGAGGUAGUAAAAUACAAAUUUUAUGUCAAAUGUCUAAAUCGUAAUCUUUGCGGUACAUUUUGUAAGCAAUAAAACUUCCAUUAUUAUAAAACACUUAUUUUCAGCAUUAAAAUUCAAAUAGUUGUAAUUUUUUUUACGCGAUUGGCUAAUAGAAUUUGUUUCUAUUACAAAAAUGUUUUGCAUGAUACAGUUGUUUAUAAAUUCAGUUAAAGAUUAUGAUUUAAAAAAUAUAACUAAAACGCACGACUUUUAAAGAGAAAAAAUUUGACUUCGGUUUUAGAAAAUAUUUUAGGCAAAAAUAAACAGAAAACUACGCAUUUACGAUGCGAAGAAAAUCUUCGGAAUAAUCGGGGAAAAAAUGCAAAGUUUAUAAUCUCGUCAGUUUUUAAGAUUGAAAACAAAUGUACCGAUCAAAGUUAAUUAAAAAAAAAAUGAAAAGAAAUUGCUGAAACUCGUGCUAAACAAUUAGCGUUUCCAUUUAGGAAAAUGUAAGAUUUAUUGCGCACGCACCGUAUAGAUUAAAAUUGGCUCAAUGUGUACAGUAUUUUAAUACGUCUCACCUUCUUAUUAAAAAAACCUCAUUUUGAUCUCAACCAGCCAAAAUUUUUGCGUUACCGUUUGAGCGAAACACACUGUAUACGACAUAAUUAUUAUUUACUAUUUAUUAGUAUUAACAUACAUUAUCAAUUAUCAUCAUUGAUUAUUAUGUGUGUAUACAAUCAACGGUAUUAAUAUCAUCGAUAACUAUUCCUCGUUAAAACUUGUUUUACUCGUGGACGAGAGGGUCGUACCCACGGUACAUCUCGUGUGCGCUUCUAUUUAUUUUUACUACUAUUAUUUUUUCUGCACUUUCCGAGUAUAAAAUCGACGCCACGCGUUGCAGCCCAUUAGACGCGUGUUUCUCACGAUCCUCCAAGUCCGGUCUUUCUUAUGCCGUCGCAGCUAGUCGCCGGUUGUGUGUGUUUUUUUUUUUUUUUGUACAAGUUGGUAUACGUACCCAAGUUUUUCGCUAUUUUUUAUUUUAUUCACUCCACACCGCGAACCCGUCGCGAUAUAUUAUUUCACCGGCUCUCUCGGCACGCGUGCGAUUCGCACGGGUCAUCGCAUGAAAAACGCAUACGUUAUUAAUAAUAAUAAUAAUAAUAUAUUACAUAAAGUCCGGUUCUCACACUGCGAAUAGACACGUUAUAAAUCGCGUUGUUAGCGACUUUUUCACUCGACCGCUCGAUUUUCCCAUAAUAAUAAUAUCUAUAGUCAAUUACUAUACGUUUUAAUUACUAUAAUACGGCUGUAUAGGUAAAAACUUACGUUGAAACUUACCGUGUUACAUUUGCGUACUGGUAAUCGGUCAAUAGAAUACCUUUAAGAUACUUAAGAUACAUUUUGGCCUCCACCUUCCAUCUAGUUACGACCCUGACGAAAAAACUCUACUAGUUUUACUAUAAGAUGUGUGCAUGUGCUUUUUUUUUUUUAUAUAAUCAUUUUUUUGGUGUGUAAAAUGAUUCAAUUUGUUCACAUUUUACCCUAAGAACCCAUGUGGUUUUUUCAUUCGAGAAGUACUUUAUUUGAAAACAAUUUCUAGAUUUACAAUGGGUUUUCUAAAUAUAAAAAAAAAACUAACAACAAAUGACGAUUGAUCAGAUUUAAUUUUGUUACAUUGGCUAUACGGGAAAAAUAUUUUACUAACUCCGCACUGGAUCAUUUUUUGAUUGUAACGAUGUAUAGUUAAUUUUAGUAUGUAAACUAAAUUAUUCUAUAUCUAUUGUACUUUUCACAGCUUCAUAUCUAUGACAGUGUGAAAUAUGACCGACUCUUUUUGUAUUACAUAUACUACACAAUAUUUAAUACACCACCUUCCAAUAUUUUGUACAACGAAUCCAAUUUGUAUAAGUAGAUAAAAUACUAUAUUGUAAACGAAUAAUAUUUCGUGAUGAUUAUAUUAUAUUUAUUUGUGUUUUUAUAACCGCACCUAUAUAUGAGAGUUCCGGUUUUGGUUUUCAGAGUUCUCGUGUGUUCGUAUUAUCUGACCCAGGAGAAUUACCUAAGGAAAAAGAACUUUUUCAAAAUAAAAAUAAUUAAUUUUACCCCCGAAAGCAUUAUACUGAAUGCUGGAAUAAACGUUUUGAAGUCUAAUGCAUAUAGAGUGUGUGAACAGGUGUGAUACCUGGAUAGUGAGCUAAGUAACACAAUCGAGAAGAGAAAGCUAGAAGUAUUUGAAAUUUGAAGUAUGGUACUACGAAAAAGACAACUAUGGAAAAUUAUAUGAAAAAAACAAAAAAAAUGGAUGGGAUACUAUUAUGAUAACUCAAAUCAUACUAUGCUAUGAUAGUAUGGUUAGUUGAAAUUGAGUUUAUGUAAAAUUUUAUGUAGAAGAUACAUAUAGAAGAAGACCUGAGAUAGAAUAUGUACCGUCAAUUAUUAAGGACGUGCGAAUGAAAAUUUAUCGAGCUUUGAAAGAUUUGAGGUUAGACAGAGAUGUUUGGAGAUCCGCAGAGCCAACAUAUAGGAAGAUUAAAGACCAGAUGAAAAUAAAGUUACGAUCGUAUUAUUUUGUUAAUAAAGUGAUUUCUUGACGGGUGACACACCGAAACGAAAGUCUCUUGUCGAUGACGCGUCAUUAUUAAUUCAGUUUUUUACGACAAUCGUUGCUGUUUUUUUUUUUUAUUUACGAUUUAUAAUUAUCAUAAUUACCACUACAAUCAAUACGAAAUCUAAAACUAAACUGACAUAACGGCAGCAGAAUCGGAAUCGGCGACGUUUAAGUCAGAUAAGUCUCGUGAAACAACGCGGUUGGGUGUAUAAUAUGUAUUUUUUUUAUAAAAUUCCAUUUUACAUUUUUGGUUUUAUCGCUACUACGAGUACCUUUUAUUUUCUAACUAUAUAUAUAUAUAUAUAUAUAUACUGUCAAGAACCGUCGUAAGAUGUCUUUGUCCGCGAUCUGGUUUCGUCCAAUCGAAUACGCCGGCGCCGGACCACCCAAAAUGUUAAGACAAUAGUACGGUCGUUAGUAUUCGGCGUGGUGUUAAUUUGAUCUCUAUAUAUAUAUAUAUAUAUGAACAAGUAUAAUAUACGGACGAGAAAAUAUUAUUAUACCGUCUUCGCGUCGUGUAAUAUAUACUCGGACUUCUUCGGGAUAAACUACUAUCGUACACGCCGUAUCGUUUUAUUACAUCAAAACCACGAUAAUAUUUUAUAAUGCACCUACCCGACGCCGUAUUACUAUUAUUAUUAUCCGUAAAAGUGUGAAAUUUCAAUUGCGGUCGCUUCGUAGUUGUACCUAUAUACGUAUAAUAAUAAUAUUCUCAGCGUAGCGGUACACGUUUUCGUGCAAGUACGUGUACAUAAAUAUACGGAAUAUUAUAUAAACGGUAAGCGCGAGCGCGCGCGCGUGUGUCCAGCGUGUCAGUUAAAUAAAAUAAGUACAGAAGCGAGUAAAUUAUUUCCUGGUUUUUUUUUUUCGCUCGGACAAAUUCUCCGCUAUACUGCAGGAAUGCAAAAAACGCCGACCCGUCGUCGCCGUCGGAAUGGCACGAUAAUAAGUACAGUUUAGUUAUAAUGAUAUAAUAAAUAACAGUUAAGAGAACUCUCAUCGAAACCUCUCGGCGUGGCACUCAAAACCGAUAAAUGCCAAAAUCAUAGCAUUUGAAAUGUGGUAUCGGAGUAUAGAGCUCUGAGAAUGUCACUAUCAAGAACAGAGAGAAUAAGGAAUGAAGAGUUUCUUUGUGAGCGCGCUAGAUACGCUCAAGUCAAAUGAAAAACAUCAAUAACGAACAAGUUUAAGGAAAGAGGAAAGCAAUGUGAUCGGGCUUUUUGUAGGACAUAACGCUUGGGUAAGGGCAAUAAUAGAAGGUAUUUAUAAUUGAUGGAAAGACAUAGAGACGAAAACCGAGGAUGUUCUUCAUGAGGUAUUAGUGAUGGAUAAGACACCGGAAUUCAGAGUUUAAAAGAAAUAUAAACGACAGAAUAGACGGAGAGAAACAUCAAUAAUUUAACACAUUUUAAGAUUAAAAAAAAAAAAUUGAUCUCAACUUAUUUAAAAAUGACAAUAAGAUAAGACGAUUUCUCUCUAGUGUGAUGUGUUGAUAAUAAAGAGUAUUUCAGUUACGUUCUAUAGUCGUUUUGAAGAUGGAAUCAUGCUAAACAUUUUCUUUCGCUUUACGCCUUUGAUGUGAAAGCUCUUUUGAUGACUGGGAGUUUUGUUAUUGCUAUUGAAAUAACAAAAUUCAUAUUACGGCGUGAUAUUUAAAUAGUAAUUAAAAGGUUGUAGCCUCGAUUUUUUGUAUCGGCAAACUUAUAAGCUUCGGCGACAUAUUUCAGAUCGUAAUACGAACCCGUGAAACGGAACGAGUCGGUCCACGUGCGUACAUACUUAUAAAUUAUUCGCGAAUAACACUAUACGCGUUUACGACUAAAAAGUAUUUUAUUAUUAUUAUUACUGCUUAUUUUUUUUUUUUAGUUUGAAAAAAGUAAUCCGGCCAUAAAAUCGUAUGAGAUGUAUUGUUAUUAAAACGAACGGCGGGCGAAACAUCAAUCGGUUAUGUUUUUCUCUCUCGAAAAAAAAAUACAAAACUCAAUAGGCAAUAACGUUAUAUUCAUUUAUUAUAACUGGCGAGUGACCCGAUAAUAAUAUAUCAACACGUAAAACCGAACGUGUUUACAUGAUUCGGACCCGUUGUCGUAAAUUUGCCCGAGAGACGUUCAAUAUUACCGAACGACAUUUUCAAUAAAUUAUCAUCGCGCGGGCUAGCGGACCAAGUUAUAACCUCGCGUUACGGUAUUGCCGAUAUUUAGGUAAACGAAUCAAAUUCCGCAAAGUGAAACGCCGUAUUACUAAUAUAGUUUUGAAAUGGUGCGUAAUAUGGUUUUUAUUUAAUUAUUUUUUUAGUCUCGGACACCAGUUAUAGUAAUCGCGUUUUUUGAGGCAUUUAAUACCACUCCGAAAUUUCCAAAUUACACCGUCGCUAUAUAAUAAACCAAUUAUAAAUAUAUAUAUCGUCAAGAAGUCGUUUUUCGAAAUUUUCAAUACGAUUUAGUACAGAUAGGUAUCGGCAUUGCUCAAGAUAGAAAAUUUUACGAACCGGAACGCUUACAAAAUUAAUUUACAUUAUCAUGGCUAAUAAUGUAUAAAACUCCUUUUCUUUCUUUUUUUUUGCUCUUAAACCAGUUUUAGUGAUACACAGUACAUUUUUACAAUUAAAAUUAUCAGACACCGACAGUCAAUAGACAGAGUUCUCAGAUCGCAAUAACGCAGUUUUCGCAAAACAUUUUAUUUUGACAGAACAAAACGGUUGUAUUAGAAUACCACAAUUUUAAGUACUGUCUUUAUCAUUAUAUUAUUAUAAAUUCGUCAGAAGAAGAUUAAUUUAUUGUACAAAUUAUUAUUGAUGAUGUAAUCGAAAAAAUUUUACCUUGUGGAAAUUGUCUUAAUUUCUUCAAUACUAAUAUUUAACUUAAUAUUUUUACGAACCGGAACUCUAAAAUUUCAAUUUUAACCAACCGGAACGGACGCAAAAGCCAACGUUACGAUACACAGUGAUUUACUGUAGUAUAUAAUAUGAUAUGACGGCGAGUGGUUUUCGGGACUUGGUGCUAUAGAAGACGGUUUUCAACCUGUCCAUGCCAUUUUAAAAUACAGCGGUGUAACAUGUACUUAUAAUAUAAUGAUUUUCACGAGUGUUACGGACUUAAAUUAUUCUUAUCACUCUAAUUCCUACGAAAAUUAUUUCGCAGCGUGAUCGGAUCACAGCGAGUAUUACUGCCGGGCAUUGAAACUACAUAAAUUAUUGUUCUAUAAUCGCGUACGAUUGUCCCGAAACACCCUGUAUACGGCGUAAAGUAAUAAUAUUAUACGCAUAUACGGUGUUGUAACCAACGGUUUAUAUUCGGCAAAAAGAGAGUUCCGUUGUUUUGCCAUGUGGUGCAGUAGUAUACAGAAAUAUGCCGUUGCCCCGGACGGCGCCAUAUUCGGAAAAGACGUCUGGAAUUCGAGUAUAUAAUAAUAUUAUAAAUGCGCAACUGGCGCGCGCGCGUGUUUAUUACUUCGAUUUUUCGAUUUCUGAAUUUUUUCUACUUCAAUUUUAGAAUACCAUAUAUACUACCAAACCCUACUAUAUCAUAUUAUACUAUGCGCUUGUCCACAUUUUGGUUGGCCAACUUCGCCAACUACGCGACAGUUAGAUUCCGUAUCGAUGAUCACACGAGACAGCCACAGCGAGACGAUAGUAAAAGAUAUGAUAGCAAAGUGAAUUUCGAUAGAAUUUUCAAAUCUACAUAGACAUGUCUGUGGAAGUGAUGUCGUGUCAGUAAAAUAAAACUAUUCUAUAACUAUGUUUUUACACUGUUAUAGUGUCAUUUUCAAGAGAGUAGCUUUAAACUAUCAGACGUGAAAGUAUGAUAACAACUUUAACGAUACCUAGUUUACAAAUAUAUACUAGAGUCAUAUUCGCACAACGAUAGUUCUUGAUAAUCGUAGUUAUAGAAAUUUAGAGAUUGUUUGAUAAAAAAUGAGUGUAUGAACUUGAAACCUAUAUACUUCUAAAAUGUGUUCUAAAACGUAAUAUAAUUCUAAAAAAUUUAAAAUACAAUAUAUUUGUGAAAUAAAAUUAAAAAUUUAGAUUUUUACACUAUUGCAUCAUCAAAUACUGUGCCAUACUUCUAAUCUUUCAUAAAAAAAUAUGCAAAUGCUAAAAAAGUCCAUAACUAUAUUCUAUAGCAUAACCAUUUCGUGACUAUAACGGUAGCAACCAUCACCGUGUGAACCAAGCUAUACGUACAUCGAUAUCUUAAAUUCUCCGCCUCUGACCACCAAAAAAAAAAAAAAAAACAUUUUUAUAAGAAAUUACUGGGUAACUCGCAGAUUAACCGAAUUCGACAGGUAUAUUUUCGUGCGGUUAAUUUGCAAUAAUAUUAUUAUUGGCACAGUUUUCAAUAUUGUAUCGGUUAUGGCGGCGAGGUGUAUGAAAACUACUUCAUAUACAUAUGUCGAAUACCUAUUUUUUAUAUUUAUACGGACAUUGCGUGCCGGUCCAUUAUAUUUUUAUAUUGUAAAAAAAUCACGCGUGGCGGCGGCGACGGCGUCCACGUCGUGUGGUUCGACGAACUUGGCUCCGCGCUGCAAAACGGGAGCCACACUGUAGAUUUUUUAUUUUUAUCUUUUUUUUUUUUCCUCCCAAGUGCACGCCGUCACUGGACACAAGCACCUCUAAUGAGGUAUUUUGUCGAACGUUCGCAUCGUCACAUCGUGCGGCACAAUAAAUCAUUAUCGACUUUCUACGCCGCCGCCGCGUCGCGCGACGGACAGACAACAAUAUUAUUGUUAUUAAUACAGUCGUGGAAAAAAAAAAUUCCCAAAGGCCUUUGAUAACGGCAAACGAUAAAACAAUAUAAUAAACUUCGUCGUCUCACGCAAGUGUAAAAGUCGAUUUCCGUACCCUUCCGAUAUUACCGCCGAAUCGGAUUCAGACUACAGUACACCCAAUAUAAUAUUGUUGGCCUAUAUUAAUCUUUAAUUGUUCUCUUCGAUUUUUUUUUUUUUUUUUUUUUUAUCAUUUCGAAUAAGCGUGUUUCGCUGUCAAAUGCAGCGUUAAGACCGUUGUAAUAAUAUAAUUUUCUAUGUGUUUCUCGGAACGCAUUAUCGCUUCUAAAGGUCCGACGGUGCAUUCGUCGUCGGUGUCCGCAUAUGUUGAAACGAUCGAUUGGCGUAUACACACGAGCUACGGACCGAUCGACUCGGUAACGAUAAAAAUCCUCGAGGGACACGCACUCCACAAACGUCAUUAUUGUCGUGAACACGAUUCGGUACAUUCGUAUCCUAUAUAUAACAAUACCACCCGACAGGGUGUUUCUCGGAUGGCACAGCGUGAAUUGCGUAUAGUUCUUUAUAUAAUUGUAUAGGUAGACAGUAAAUAUUUGUAUUAUUCUUCGUAUAAUACCCACCGUCGAUUUGCCGGAUCAAGACGGUACGGACUACAUCGUGUUCGGAUGAAAAAGACACGACGGGAUAGCCGUCGAGAAGACUGGUGAGAUAUUAUUAUAUAGCGGUGUAGAUUGAAUGAGUGUAAAAAAAGUGACUACGAGGUUAUUGUCAUAGGGAAGAAUAUAUUAGAUAAUAUCGAGAAGAUGAGAAAAUGGGGAUCUAGAGUGCUGCAACAAGAGUAUAGCUGUACCCCGCGAACAGAAAGAUAAGAAAAUCGGUCGGAUUUUCAUUCAAACGAUACGCACGUUUUUUGCUUAUUUCAUAGAUGACAGAAAUAUAUACUUUUAGUCCAAAAAAAGAAAAGCUGAUAUCAGUAUUUGGCAUAUUAUUUUUUAUAAUUGUCCCCCCUCUAUUUCUUGGUCUAAAGGGCCUAAGCGUAUGUAUUUUCAAAACGUAAUUUCUUCGUAUCAAUUAACAACAUUGGCUUGAGCCCUUCAUCCCUGAGACCCAAGACGAUAAGAACGGCUUAGCUAUACUAUUAUUGUUUUCGCACGAUUUGUCUGUAGACGCUCUAAUGUCUAAACGAAAGCGAAUUUUAUUGAGUUUUGUUUUUGGAAAUCGCAUCCGCAUCACAACACAGGUCGGUCGAGUUCGAAAUUGAGUACAAACGGUCGUCGGGAACAUGUCAUAUCUGUAACCCGCAGUAAACCGUUCUUGUGGUAUUUUUUUUUAUUAUUCGGCACGUUAAAUUGUUAUUAUUAUUACUAUUUUUUUUAUCGAUUUGCUGUAAAUGGGUACAAAUGUAACGUUUUAUACGUAUACAUGAAAGCAUUACUUAUUAUGUCCAGAUAUUUUAUAAUUUACAUUAAUUUAUUGUAUAAUGUUCCGCCCCGCGGUAAAAGGCUACUGACAGGCAACCGCCGCGCAAUCACUUUGGAAUGUUUAUUAAAAACCUCGUAUCGGCCCGGUGCUACUGCUACAAUAAUAUUUAAGCGUGUUUAAGAACACUUCAGACCUUUUAAUGUUCUUCUUCUCGCGUUCGGGGAGAUAAUAAAUAAAUAUUACAAUUUUAUAAAGCGGCCGAUGCGAUCUUUGAUUUUCACGACGGUUUCGGGCUGCCGCUUUGUCAGUGCUCGCGCACACGGUUUGGGGUACGAGUCACAGAAAUUUACGUCCAAAGUGAUUCCGAAUAUUAUACGGCGCGUAUAAUAAACACCGUCGACGCGAUUGUAUUCAUUGCCUACUGAAAAAAAACGCAUUAAAUUAGCGGCCGACAAUAAGAACCGUGGGAUAUUGGUUUCGUUUAUAUACGUAUUAUUAUUAUUAUUAUUAUUACAAUCAAUUCACUUUUGUACGGACCGCCAGUACUAUAUCGCACCCCGUUAAGCGAGAUCGCCACGACACGGAAUCUAUCAUUUUGAGAAAAAUUCAUUUUAAAUUUUAAAUAUUUACCAGGAUGUUAAUUUUUAAGUUUUACCAAUGUUUUUGUCGUUUUAUGUACACGAAACAGUAUUGAUAUCUUCAAUUUCCGAGAAUUUAUAUUAGUUAGGAAAUUGCUUGACUUUAAUUUUUAGCAAAACGCUGCCAUAUUUUGAUUUGAAACAGCAUUUCGCAUUAAUAUACAAAACAACCAUAAAUCUAAAUAUAACCGUUUUAAAUUUCGUCUUAAUUAACACCAGUAAUAAAAAAAAAUAACCAUAAACUGCCAUAAUUGGCAAUUUUGGCAGUUUUAGGAAUAUUACUAAAAUAUUAUUUAUUACAUAGCAAUACAUGGAUGUUUAAAAACGUGGGUCGUUUUGCUUUCAUUAAGUGAAAUAAAAAACGAAAAAAUGAUUGCUGACACACCAUUGUAACGCAGAGAAUAAUGAUAUAGUAUAUGUUAUGCCGGUAUUCUAUUUUGUAGAGAACGUUUUAGCGAUUUUCGCAUGAUACCAAUGUGUCAAAUGUGCCAAAUUUUGAGUUAUGGCGAUCUUAUUCUAAGGAUGGUGCGAUAUAAACUACAUUAUAACUUCACGCAGCAUCCGAAUUUUGUUUUUUCUCUAAUUUCUCUCCGAAAAUUUUUCUAAAACGUUUUUUUUCUUCUAUUACGCGUGAAAACGGUAUAUCCAAUGGUGACCCAGCGAAAAAAACCAUUUUUUUUUUAUAAAUUACUGCAUAAUUUAUUGUACGGUGUAUGAGUCCGAGUUUAAUAUUCACGUUGACUCAUCCUUUUAUAGUAGGUAUAUCUACGAUUUGUCGUCUAUGCCGGUCUAUAAUUUCGACUUUGGAUCGUCGGUUUUGUUCCCACGCGAAUAUGCCAGAAAGUGUACUGCAUUGUUUAAUAUUCCGGAUACGUCUAACCGAAUAUUUUUUUUUAAAUUCGGUAUUUCGUAUGAUACUCUCGCGCGCGCGCGGACAAAUAGUUUGCGAAUCCGGUUGACGUCUUACACUAUUACCACCCAGAACUGGUUUAUAUAUUUAUGGCUAACGUGUUAUAGUUUUUUUGCAUAUAUAUGUGUAAUUAAUUUAAGUAUGUAUGUUUAUAUUUCGUUCAUAAAAUUGAACAAUCCCUCAGUGCAAUAGGGCACAAAUCAAAAUAUCCUAUGUUGGUUGAAACUCACCGACGUUGCAGUUUCAACUCGUCGAGUAACGCCUGCAAAUCUCCUCACAUUAUCCAUUGGAUAUUCAAUCGUUCGAAAUGCCUGUCCCAAAAUAUCGGUGCACACGUUGAACACGUUGUGAUUUUGUAAAUUGUGUCUCGAGUCGACACAAUAGUAUAGGUAUCUACGAAGAAUUUUGACAGUAAAAUACUUAAAUGGUAUAAUAAAACACAAGUAUAGGUACAAUUAUAUUGUACUAUUGUUACCUUAUUCAUGUUGCGAUCGAUUUAGUAAAAGACCGUCUCACACGGUUAUUAGAGGCGGCGCAUAAAAUAUGUGUAUAACGCCAUAUACGUUGUAUAGUCGAUAAAUUACGAAGUCGUCAAAGACGGUGUGGCGGCGGCGUCGGACGUUUAUCAAAGAAAAGGAGGGUUCAAUCCCCGAAACCGAUAAUUCUACCUCCGUCCUUCGUGGGUACCGUUUCUCCGUCGUACAAAAUUUAUAUUUAUUUUAACUAUCCCGUAGUGAGGUUAUGACAUACGCCCGACGUACAGCUAGACUGCUCAUUAUUGUUAAAUCGAAGGAUUUUUUGUAAAAAAAAAAAAAAAAAUAGCAAUUAGAAAAUGUUUUUUUCAUAAGUGAAAAACUUCGAUAUCGACAGCUGAUAUCCCCCCUACGAUAAAUGUGUCAAUAAAUCAGUAGUGGCAUUUGAGGGUGGGGCAUAAGACUACAGUUUCUUAAACAAAGAUUCAUCUGAGGGUGAAAAAGUAUUAUUUCGUGCCCAAAAACAACAGAUAAAAAUAUUUUUUUUUUAUGUAAAAGGUUAAGAUAGAUUUUAUAGAAACACUAAUAUUGUUCAUAUUGUACUAAUAGUAAUACGAUUUUAGGUAGCUAUAGAUAUUUUAAGGAGAUAUAGAGUGUUACAAGCAAGCACCAACGGGUUUUUGAAGCUUUAUAAUUUUUGCUCGUUCAUCAAGUGUCGGUUAUGCGUGUAAAAAUGUCUUAAGGAUUUGACUCAAUGUUUAUGGAACAAUCUAACAAUCUCAAUUAUUAUUUUGGCGUUUCGAAUGUUUUGAUAAUUUCAUGGAGCUACGAUGCGUAUAGUGCAGGUCUCUGCCUACUAGUUGAAUUAUGUUAACGGUCUGACUAAAUCGUACAUGAUCGUCCUGUAUGCAUGCAAUAAUUAAUUAAAUCUAUCUGUCGAGCAGAAAAACCCAUAUCGCAGUGUGCAAUCUUUAGAUCAUCUUUUGUCGGUUUUUAUUUUAUUUUUUUCAUAUUUAAAUAUAUUUAUUGUGUUAGUAUAUUUUUUUUUUUUAUCGUAAAUACUAUUUACUAAUUAUGACCGGUGACUCCGCAGAGUGCAGUUGUAACGGGUUCUCGUACCGGUGUUUCUUCGACAAGGACCUAUACGAUCGGACCGGACACGGCGGACACUGUUUGGACUGCGCCGGGAACCGGGACGGUGCCAACUGCGAACGAUGUCGCGAAAACUUUUACCAGCGGAAAGGAGACGCGCACUGUUCGUCGUGCGAGUGCAACGAAGUUGGCAAGUGUUUUUUUUUUUUUUUUUUUCAAGAUUUUUAUUUUAUUUUUUAUUUAUCCGUCUAAUAUUUUCUCACCAACUCGUUUUGACCGCGUCCUCCUGCAGGUUCAUGGAGCUUGCAGUGUAACGGCGAGGGGAAGUGUUUGUGCCGGGCCGGCGUCACCGGCGACAAGUGUGACCGCUGUGCCGAUAAUCAUUUCGAUUUCGGUCCAACCGGAUGCAAACCUUGCGGUUGUAACGUGGCCGGAAGCCUGGACAAUCAGCCGAGAUGUGAGGCAGAGAACGGCAAUUGUAUUUGCAAAGAAAACGUCGAGGGCAUCCAAUGUAACAGGUAAGAACAAAUAUGCCUACUUGCUACAAAAAUUGACGAUACAAUGUAUAAACGGCCAAUACAAUAUUGGUAUUUGGCUACCUCCCGUAGAGUGCGGUCGCUAUGAAGCGCUAUAAUCAUUUGCACGAAAACCAAUGACAAUUCCACUGGUGGGAUAAAGCUAAAUAUCCCCAUAACAUAUACUAUCUGUCUAUGGAAUAUUCAAUGCUAUUUUAGACACUAUAGUCUUUAAUAUUUUUAUUAAGUACAUAUUUUUCGUUAGAUACAAUUUUACGAUGCGAUUAAUUUUCAUUCCCAUAAUAUUAAUACUGUUCUUCGCAGCGUAUUUUUUCCAUUCCAUUCGAUCUAACAACAUCUUCCAGGGCAUAUUAUUAAUAGGCUCUAAAUCUAUUAUAAUAGACACUAAACAGGUCUUAUUUUUUUUCCAAAAAUAUAAAAUUCAAAUGUACUCAAUAACUUAAAAAUAUCCAAAUCUUCCCAUAAUAAAUACACAAAUAAAUUAAAUUGUACGUCAUAAAACAUAAAACUAGCUAAUAUAUUCGGGUUAUAAGAAACAAUAAAAAAAAUGUAUAAAUAUUUCGAAAAAUCUCAUUUUCUUUAUCGACUAAGUAUACUAUGGUAAACAAUAAAACAAUGUAACAGAAUUUCAUAUAUUAUUAUUAUAAUACGCAUGUAAUAUCUACUUUUUUUUUUUCAUCUUAUAAAUUGUUAUAUUAUUUUAUUACAUAGAUGUAAACCUGGUUUCUUCAACUUGAACGAAGACAAUGAAUACGGUUGUACACCGUGUUUCUGUUACGGACAUUCUUCGGUAUGCCAGUCCGCACCGGGUUAUUCGAGAGGUACGUAAAUAUUAAUAUCGGGUAUAGUUAUCAAAAUAUUAUAUCGAACAGAACAGAUACCUAAGUUUUAUGUCGUUUUCAUAUUCUAUAAUAACGAUAUUAUACAAUAAUUUUUAUACCCGUAUGCAAUUUUGUUUUCAGUAUCGGUCGAGAGCGUAUUCGCCCGGGGUAACGAGCGUUGGAACGGUUCCGACCAAUACGGCAGGAUGGUGUUACCAGUACACAGUCCGUUCAAACAAUCAUUGGAGAUUUCUUCGCAAUCCAAGGACGCCGUGUACUUUUUAGCGCCGGGUAAUUUUUAAAAAUAUACGAAUUUGCGUACAAUAUUGUUUAAAAUAUUAUCUCGAUUCGCGACCUAUAAUGUUAUAUAUUUUCGCGAAAACCGUAGACAAAUUCCUCGGAGACCAACGGUCCAGUUACAAUCACGACUUGACGUUUAAACUAAGCAUCGGCGAAAACAGUCCGGAACCGACUAUCAACGACGUUAUUCUGGAAAGCGGGUCCGGUAUCCGGAUCACUCAAGCGAUAUUCGGACAAGGAAACGUAUUGCCUUCUGACACGGUAAGGAUAAUGUAUUAUAUUUAUCGCUGUUAACAAUAUUACUGAAAAUAGUUUGUAUUAUUUAUUUAUUUUCAAUAAUCGUUUGAAACUUCAAUACCGUAUAAUAGCCGAAAACAUAUAAAUUCCGUCUACACGAGAAUCCGGAUUACGGGUGGCAGCCCAGAUUGUCGUCGCGUGAUUUCUUCAGUGUCUUGUCCAAUUUGACGGCGAUCAAAAUAAGAGGAACGUACACCGAUAGAGGUACGCGUGUUUAUACGUUUUAAAACUUAACGCAACGAUGUGUACCAAAUAAUAUAUAUAUAUAUUAUGACUACUUGAAAGGUGUCGGGUUCUUGGACGAUUUCUCGCUUCAAACGGCUCGACGCGGUGCUCCCGGACUACCAGCCAAUUGGGUCGAACUGUGCACGUGUCCCGAAGGAUACAUCGGUCAAUUUUGUGAAUCGUGCGCUCCCGGUUCUCGCCACGAGUCCAGUAGUGGAGGUCCUUUCUCACCGUGUAUUCCGUGUAACUGUCACGGGCACGCUUCCAUUUGUGAUGCAGAAUCGGGUAAUUAUAUUGAAAUUGUUUGAGUUUUCUUUUUAAUAAAUGUUCCGAUUUUUUCACGAGAAACCUUUAAAAAAAAAUUGAGGAAUUUCGGUCCUACAUAAUAUCAAAUACAAAAUUAUUAAACUAUUUCGUUGAAAUUCUUUUUAAUUAUCUUAUUAAUAAUAGUGAAAUUACUUAUAUCAAUAAUCCGACCCAGAAAUAACUGAGCUCCUUUAGAAUCGUUGUUUCUAGAAUAGUGGUUGGUUACUUUUUAUAGCGUUAUUGCUUAUUAUAUACGUAAAAUGUAAAUUUUACAGGCAUCAACUAGUACAAUAUUGUAAUUAAUUAUAGAUAUUAUAAUUAUUUAUGUGAUUUGUAAAAUAAUAAUUCGCACGAUUAUUUAUUCAGGUCGAUGUAUCUGUCAACAUAACACUGCGGGUGAAAAUUGUGACAGAUGUGCGAAAGGAUACUAUGGUAACGCUUUACAAGGGACUGCUCUUGAUUGUAAAUUAUGUCCAUGUCCCAACCAAGGUAGUUGUGUUUUGAUCGGUGAAGACACGGUCAUUUGUUUGGAAUGUCCUAAAGGAUACGGAGGUAAAUUAUAGACAAAUUAUGUUUUCCGCUAGGAUUUAUUUACGAUUUGAGCAUUUUUACAGGUCCAAAAUGUGACAUUUGUAGUGAUGGUUACUUUGGCGAUCCAACCGGAAAGUACGGACCGACUAGUAUUUGUAAACCAUGUGAUUGUACUUCGAACGUCGACCCGAACGCAAUUGGAAAUUGCAACCGCACUACCGGCGAAUGUCUCAAAUGUAUCUAUAACACAGGAGGAUUUCAAUGCGAUCAAUGUUUACCGGGUACAAAGACAUUCAUAUAUAUAAUUUGUGUAAUGAAUUUUAAAAUAUUAAUAUUCUUAUUAUACCGAUAUCCGUAGGAUAUUUUGGAGAUGCUCUGAAUCCCGAAAAAGGAGAUUGUAAACCUUGCGAUUGUUAUCACCUCGGAACCACCGAAACGAGUCUUGGUCCUUUGGCUUGUGACCAGAUAACCGGGCAGUGUCAGUGUAAACCAUUCAUAACCGGAGUAAACUGCGAUCAAUGCGAAGUCGGAUACUUUAAUAUAGCUAGCGGCGAUGUAAGUCCUAAAAACCGUGGUAAAAUAUUUGGUAACAACGAUGUCUGACCAUAAGUGUACAUUUUUUUUAGGGUUGUCAAUCUUGCGAUUGCGAUGUUGUGGGUUCAGUUAACAACACUUGUAAUACAAAUACCGGCCAAUGUGUUUGUCGUCCGGGAAUAACUGGUAAGAAAUGUGAUGCUUGUGAGCCGUUCCACUACGGAUUCUCAGUCGAGGGAUGUAAACCGUGUGCCUGCGAUUCGGUGGGUUCCGUGUCCUUACAGUGCGAUGCGAGUGGACAAUGUCCAGUAAGUUAAAAAUCAUAAUUCGCCAUAUACAGUUUAAUUAUUUAUAAAUGGAACAAUAUAAUUUAAUAAAUAUUAAUUUUGUUGAUAACGUUUUUAAAAACAAACGGACAUACUUCGCACGAUGGGUGGACCACUAUUGUAGGUGAGAAGUUGGGGAGGUAGAGAGGAAAUUUUAGAGGGGAGGCAAAGAUUAAUCAUCGCUAACAAAAAAUAAUUCUGAGUGGGGUUCGGUUAUAAAUUUUUUGAAAUGCUCUAAUAUUUACGAUUUAAAAAUAAUAUAUUCAAUGUACAUUAAUCAUUUCGUAACUUUUCUCCGUUUUUCCCAUUUCUUACAAAACUCCCUCAAAAAUCAAAAAAAUACUUUCUUAAAGUACCACCCUACAAAAAUGUCCUUUCAGAAAAGGUGGUUCACUUGAAAAUUAGAGUAAAAUUGGUAGUAGAAAAAUUGUUCACAGAAAAAAAAUAAAUAAAUAAUCAUCAUUGUAAAAUUGUAAACCUCAGCUCAUAAUCUAAAAAAGAUAUUUUUGUUACUCUGCAGUGUUUGGAAAACGUGGAGGGAAGACGUUGUGACCAGUGUAAGGAAAAUAAAUACGACCGGCAAAGAGGUUGUAUAGAUUGUCCAGCUUGUUAUAACUUGGUACAAGAUGCCGUCACUACGCACCGGGAAAAUUUGAGAAAAUUGGAGAAAGUAUUGAAAGAUAUUAACAACAAUCCGACUGUUAUUAACGACGAAGACUUUGAACAAAAACUGAAAGAAGUACAGGUAUCCGUAAACGAGUUGGAAAACAACGCCAAAUUAACUACUGGUGGUAGGUAUAAAAAUAUAUAUAUAUCUGUGUAUUUAAUAUUUUAUUAAUUAAUUUAUAUCUCAAUAAAUAAUUGUGUAUAAUAUGAAUGUGUACGGUUAAUGAAUGGUUUUUUGUGUAGUAAGCAAUACUCCAACGAGUGACAAAUUGCAAUCCCUCCAAAGUCAAAUAAAAGAAAUACAAGAACUUAUGGCACAAACCAGCAACUGGACGGCUACAGCGGAAGAAAAUUCUAUACAGGCCGAGAAAAACAUAAUAAAUAUAGAAAAAAUGAACGAAGAAACGACUAAUACGUUGAAAAGAGCCAUGGACUACAUUCAAACCGAAGGGGCCACUGCGCUUGCCAAAGCGAUAUCAAAGAGCGAUGAACUUGGUCAACAAAGUGACCAAAUGUCUGAGAUUGCUCGAGAAGCAAGACAAUAUAUAGAUGUGUAUGUAUUUUGUUUAUAUAAAUGUAUACAGCACAAUAAGUUACAUAGUUAUUUCAUAUAUACAAUUAUUUAUAAUAUAAUUUUAGAAAAGAGGCAGAAAUAGAAAAAAUGAAAGCCACCGCAGAGAAAGCUAUCAACAUAUCCACUGAAGCUUAUGAGAUUACCAGACUUGCUGUAAAUCAACAGAAAAAUAUUAGGUAAUAAUGCAAAAUAAUAAUUGUACAGUACUAAGUAAUAAAAUUCUAUAUAAGACUAUUUAUUGUGUAUUUUGGUGGAUUUAGUGAUGAGUUGAAAACUUUGGACACCGAAUUAAAUUAUGUGAAGGAUAAAUUGGGUGCCGUUAUUGAACGAGCAAACGAAACUCAAGAAAUGGUGUCUAUGAUCAGUAAUGAUUCAUUGUCUAUAUAUCGUGAUAUUUAUGCAAUAAAUCUGCCAGAUAUUAAUGUCACGUUAUUAAAACAGAAUAUAUCAAAUUUAAACGCAGAUGUAAGAAAUCAAUAUUUUUUUAUUAUUUGAAUGUGAAAAACCAUAAUGUUGUGAUAAUAUUUUUAGGCUCAACAAAUAAAAAAUGAUUUAAAUUUACAAAAUAGUAAUAAAAACCUUCAAAAUCUUCUGAACGAAGUCGGUGGGGAAUUGCAACAAGCAGAAGUUACAUUGCAACAAAGCGAGAAGCAACAGAAAACCAGAGAAUAUUUCUUGGCUCAAGCAAACGCAUCAUACGAAAAAGCAGACCAAGCGGUAAAAUUAGGCGUUAGAAUUUUAGAAGAAGCUCAACAAACGUUGAGCACAUUGAAAGGUGAGAAUAAAUAUAAUUUAAUAGUUUACACUUGUUUAACAUUAAUUCAAUUUUUAUAUUUAUUUUAGCUUUUGAUAAACAAGUACAAGAUAGCAAAACGAAUGCUAACGAAGCUUUAAAACAAAUUCCUCAAAUCAAACAGUUAAUUGAAGAGGCCAGCGAUAAGACCACUCGGGCCCAACAAGCGUUAGCCGGGGCUGAAUCGAGUGCCAUAAAUGCCAGGGACACUGCCCAAAAGGCUCAAAAAACUUACGUUGAACAAGCAGCAGACGUAAUAUUAAACGCUGCAUUAAAUUUAAACCGUUUUUUUGAAUAGUUAUUAUUAAUAUUUGAUUUUUGACAAUUGUAUUUAUUUAAAAACAGGAAGCAAAUAAAAUAAAAAAGUCUACCGAUGAAUUGGUAAAUGAAGUCACCAAGUUAUCCGACGAAAGUAACGGUCUGGAAAAACGUAUUGGGUUUACUGCAGAGCGUCUGAAAACGGCUGAAACUCAAUUCGAACAAGACCAAGGAAGCAUCAACGAAGUAAACAAAAAAUAAUUUUACAUUUUAAAGCAAUAUGCGUUGUUAUUAUUAUUAUUUUAUCAACAGAUUAUUAUAAAAUAAUAAUAUUAUUAUUAAAAUUUAAAAUAUUUUAUUUCAAAAUACAAUUAUACUAAUGUUUUUUUUUUAUUUCGUAUAUUCUAGGCAAAAACGAAAAUAGGUCAAUCGAAAACAUCAGCAUCUGAAGCUAAAAAAGUUGUAGAUAAAGCAUUGGAAGAUGUCAAUGUGAUAAUAAAAGAAUUGUCAAAUCUAGUGGAUGUCGGUAAGUGUAUUAUUAAUCUAUUAUUUGUUUGAUAUCAAAUUAAAAUAUUCAAAUAAAAUAAAAUAUCAAAUUAACUUGAAAUUUCACUUUUUAACUAAAAAUUUUUUUUUUAUCUAGUAAAAUAAUACAUGCGUAUAGAUAUUUUACUAUUAUAUGCUUUAUUACCUUAGAAUAGGGUAAAUAAUUUCUGUUAUUUUAUCACUGUAAAUAAUUUGUUUUUUUUUUUUUUUUUUUACAGACAGCGAUACGUUGAAUCAACUCAACACCCGGCUUGAAAUGGCCGAACAAGAACUAAUCAACGCUAAGUUAGAUGAUAAAUUAGCGGCUAUUAACAGUGCCAGAAUUUCUCAAGUGAGUUCACGGCCAGUAUGACAGCGCUAUAUUAAUAGCGUUUCUGUUUAUUUGAGAUUCAAAUUCAGGACAUUUAUUUUUAGGGUAUAAUAUACGUCGUAAACUCUAUCAAAUUAAGUCAUUUACGGCUCAUAUCUAUUUUAAUAAUUUAAAUUUUAAUGUAAUUUCGAAACUGUAUUCUCUAGCCAUUAGAUGAACGUGGUCAUAUGAAUCACUUUUUCUUAACCUUGUAAAUAGUUCCUUCUUUUUGCAUUAGUGAAUUUUAAAGGUUCACUCAAAGUGAUCUUUAAAUACUUAUGUUGUUUCUUUUCAUCCAACUUUCUAUAGCUCUCAUUCCGCAAUACUAUAUGUAUUAUGUCAAAUUCAACCUACUUUUUUUCUCUGUCAAAAUUUGAGAUGGGUAGAAAUUAGUUCUAUUGAUUUAAUGUUGGUGUAGAGCUUAAAAUUUAACUUUAAAAAAAUUGUUGGGGCAUCUCAUGGCUAAUUUUUUCUACAUGGAGAUUAAGAGCCUCAGAUAAAAUUUAAGAUCAAUUCAUUGAGUUUUAAAGGUGGCUACUAACUGAUAAUAUUAUAUAGUAAGUGUUAAAUUUAUAGUAUAAGAUAUUAUACAUUUAUCAGGUGCAGAUGGUUACUUUUAAUACUUAAUGAGUGGAUUUUAAAUUUUGUGUGAGGCUCUCAAAUAACACGUAGAUCCAAUUGGUAAGGUGUCCCAGCAAUAUUUUUAAAAUUUAAUUUUAAACAUCACCCAUACAUUUAUUUAAAUACUAAUAAAACAGGUUGAACUUCAUGCACUACCCUAAUCCAUACGUACUUACUGGUUUAUACUGCCUAUUUAUUAAUUUGUAAUAAAAUAAAUAAUAAGUGGGAAAAAUUUCUUUUUGUUCCACCCUAAUAGGCUCAGUUGAUCCAGACAUACAAUGAUGACAUUGCUGCAUUGUCGAACGACGUCGUUAAUAUUGAAGUGAUAAACCGGACGCUGCCGAACGGAUGCUGGAAAAAAACUAAUAUAGAAGAAUUGCGUUGA